GCAAUGGUCCAGCUCAAAUUGCUCACGUCCAGAGAGAAUUCUCUCCAGUCAAUUCAUAAUAAGGCAGAGGUUACACAUUAAUUCACCACUAAGAGUUCUAGUAUUAGCACAAAAAAAGAAUGAAGUGUCGUGAGCUAAACGGAUCAAGGCAGUCCUUGUGGUACAGACAACACACGACACGUCCCAUCGGAAUUGAAAUCCAUCAACAAGUGAUGAUUUAUUUAGUUUAAGAUCAGAUUUGACUCCCCGCCAACUUACCCUCAGCGCAAACCACGUCUUCCAUUCAAGGAAAACAACUUCCUGUCCCGUUCAGUCAGUCGUGAAGGCUUCUUAUUGGAGAUGAUGAAAUACGCAGUGGUAAUUCUCGCUGUACUUAUUCAAGGUAAACUUAUUUUGGUUCAUUUUCAAUCAACUGUAACGCUUUCACUUGAUGAGAUCAGUUUACUUACAGUUCAGUUAUUAGAAUUAUUAACCUACGUUUCUUUGUUGAAAAUGCAGUUCCACAUUUCUUUCACUUAGAAUAAAUCGGACCUCAUGAUAGCACGCGUAAGCUACUUACGUGAAACCUGAAGCAAAUACAGUGAUAAAAUGUACAGUAUGAAAAUCAACGAUGUAGUGAAGUAUAUACAGGCAAGCAACAAAGCAAUUACGUGUGGGCCCAAAUUCGUUGUUUACGACAUGAUGGUUGGCUUUGCAGAUUGUGUAAUACCCUAAGAUUAUCUGACAGGCAUUUGAUUUGGGAGAUGUCAUUCGCUUUAUUUUCAUAUUAUCGCGCGAUUGCUUGCAGUGAGCGUAUGACCCAUACCUUCUUCUUUUCUGACCCAUACCUAUGCUGUUUUGUUUUUAAAAUGUCGCUGCACAUCUUGAUUUCGGUCGAUGACCGUUGUAUAUGGUGUCCCGAGGUGCCCCGAUGAAAGAAGUAGAGCCAAACAGUUAUAUUUGACAAAAAUAUGUAAUUCAUUUUAUAGGCAUUCAAUCCAAAAAUUGCACCCGCACAAACACAAAAAAAGAUUUUUGUGCUAAGUCAUGCGAUCCUUCCCAAAACAGCCCUUGCAAAGGAAAUAGACUUUGCCUGUGCGAUGGCGACUGUGGCUUUAGCUGCGUCAAGGCAGGUGUGUAUCUUAAUUGCAACAUCUUUGUCUUUUCAGCUUAUACUGCCUGUCAAUUUUGUAGUUUCAUGUCGACGGGAUUGAUAGGAGUGGUUGAUUCUUAUUUAUUUUUCAAAGGAUCAUAUUCCUAACCGGUGUGGUAACGGGAAGAGCGAGGAGGAAGUAAAUUGUGAUCCCAUCAACGAUCUCCUGGCAUUUUAAACGAAAAUUUUCUUAUUCCAUGUUUUGACUUUUUUUCAUUUUUAUUACAAUUGAUUAAACAAAAUAUUUCCCUUAAUACAUCAUCCGGAUAUACUGGUAGAACAAUUAAAAAAACCUUUAUACACUGUUAUAGAACGUGCUCUAGGAUAAGUCGUUUCAGCGUGAUUCUGUAAAAACUUCUGCUUUCCUCAGAGCUACCCGGCCCACACUGAAUGAAGGAAAGGGGUUUAUACCCCCCCCCCCUGGUAACGAAUCUAAAGAAAACAGUUUCAUCUGUAUGGAAAAUAUUUUGAAUUGAGUGUGAUUAGUCCUGAAACACUUCAUUUGGAUCAGUGUGUCCAUCCUUUACCAUCUCGUUGCAACAGACGACAAGAAAAAGAUUCAGUGCUUAAAUGUUGUUUUAAAUAACAAAACUGAACCAUUACAUGUAGUUUUGGAAUUCAAUUGAUGCAGAGACACUCUUUAUGGUGAUCAGUCUCUCCCACUUAUAGGCCACGAGUCAGUAUGCAAAAGACAAAGAAAAAACAUCCCCCCCCCUCACCCGCUUUAAGUGCCUGUUUCGCGCUUGUACAUCAGAUUAUAUUUUUGUUUUUUAUCUAUUAUCCGGAUGACUAUGAGGUUGAUGUUUGUUUUCCUUAUCACGCCGAAUGAAGUUGUAAUACAACUAAUAAUUUGCCCAUGGCUCUUAGCCAGAGAGAUAUGGCUCGAUAAACGGAUAUUACCAAAGAACAAACGUUGUAAUGAAUUUGCACAUGUUUCUUUCUCUGUGGCAGAUCGCCGUUGCCCGACGCCUACGAUACCAGCUAACGGACGAGUUCGUGGCAAAAACACUACCUUUGGCUCCGUUAUCAAGUAUCGAUGCUCUUCCAGUUACAAACUACAAGGGCCUAAAACAAGAACGUGCAGAGGAAAUGGGAAAUGGGACGGAGAAACGCCAAUCUGCAGUUAGUUGAACAGUAUAGUAAUGAUUCCUCUAUUUAUAGUGUCCUCCCCCAAGCAAUUCUUCCCCCUUACAGUCAACUCUCGCCUUUCGGAUACCUUGCUAUGACAGACACCCCGAUAAUACAGACAGCAGCUAAAUCCAAGGCAAAAAUAAUUUACAGACGAUUGACUGAAAUAAACUCCCGCUACUACGGACUCUCGGUAAUGAGAACACUAACUCGAGGUCCCAACAGUGUCCGCCAUAAAGGGAGUUGACUUUGUUCAGAAAAAAAUCACUCCCUUAUUGAACUUUGUUCUAACAAACAAACAAAGGCUUUUACAGUCAACUCUCGCCUUGCGGGCAUCUCUUUAUUACCCACACCGCGCUACGGAUAGCUGCUGAAUGCCCGGCGAAAAUUUCAGACGUUUGACUGAAACAAACUCCCGCUUAAUCACAAACUCUCGCGAUUACUGACAUCAAUCAACAUCUUGCGGCAACAUUUUGGUAGAAUUAUCUCAGAUUAUAAUUUAUUUCUUCCUCUUCCUCUGUUCGUCUCUGUCACCUUGGUUGAAAAGUGAGCAUUCCGAUUUCUGUUUAACAUCAUACCUCUAUGAAACUACCGUAUUUACUUGCAAAAAACAGUCAGGAUGCACUUAAUGUACAUAAAUUGGAAUUUUAAUACUGUACUUUAUGGUUUCUCAGUAGUACUGUAUCUCAUGAACGCAGAUGUUGUAACCAUAUCAACAAUAUCCAAGUACUCCAUACUCCAGUUUUAAAUUAAUUGUAUUAAAAAAAGCUCUCUUUCAAUCAGAAGGAAGGUGUACAGACCCUGGAGACAUAUCCAACGGGAGAAAACAAGGCAAUAAUUAUGAAAGUGGACAGAAGGUGAAAUACACGUGUUCCAAAGGUUUUACAAUGCAAGGAAGCAGUACCUUGACAUGCAAGAACACAGGCAGUUGGAACCGACCUAAACCCAAAUGCGUUUGUAAGAGAACUAAUACGAAAGCUUUCAGAUACUGCAAAAAAUCCUGCAAUCCUAAGAGAAGAGAUUGCAAUAAAAACAAUGAAUGCGUGUGUGAUGGCGACUGUGGCUACAGCUGUGUUGCAAAAGGUACUCGUUGUUUCUGUACUUGAUUGUGACUUGAUUGUACAUACACAGGUACUGCUACUGUGGCGUGUUAGUCAUUAGUUCUCUUCGACAUGUUUCAAGAAAUUACUUUGCCGUUACGGUGCCUGAGCAUGCGUGCCUCUAUGCCUCCGUAAACCAGCCACAGCGUCGACCCAGUUGCUCUAAGCUCAGUUAAAACUAACCCCAGAGAACCCCAGAGGAUUAAUUCACCAAUAAGCGUGCGUUUUUGUAUGCUGUUCUGCACUUUAGUGGGUCUCUGAGUAAAGCACACCAGGGUUCAACAGUAAUUUUAGAAGCCAAUUUGCAUGUUCAAGGACAAAAACGUUUUGUUUGAUCAUGAUAUUUAGCUUAAGCCUGAUUUAGCUUUGCCAGCAUGGAUUGUACUUUUUAAGGACCGCUUCAUUUGUGCGCUUCCAGUCGGCUAUUUUAUGCUACUUGUUUAGGGAUGGUAAUUAGCUGCAUUUAACUGACUUCGCCUCUGUAGGUUUAACUUGUAGCAGACCAGUGCAAAUUGACAAUGGUAAUAGACAAUAUACCUCCACAAAGUUUUGGUCGACAGUCAAGUAUCAGUGUAACAAACCCUACACCCUUGUCGGAGCUCAAACUCGAACUUGCCGUGGAAUAAGAAGUUGGGAUGGCAUCGAACCCGUUUGCAGUGAGUAUAUGUUCACCAGCGGUUCUUUGCUGCAUGGUUUCAUAGGAUUUAAGGUCACUUAUGUAAUUAAAAACUAGCACUUUUAACUUACUUUUGUUCUGAAUAAAUAAGACAUGUGUUUUUUUGAAAAUGAAGAAAACUUGACGGUGUAAAUCAGAGCGGCUUAGGGAAGGAAAUUAAAACUGAAUUGAGAUUGUGUUGAUUGUUUGAUUGUGAUUAACAUAAUUUGUUAAAGCAAAACAUCACUAAGUCUUUUAAAUGGAUUUCAGCGUGAUUGUUCACUAAUUAAUAGACCAUGGGCAACGACCCGCCGGGGGGGGGGGGUUACCUGACUAAUAUUUUGGUAUAUGAGAGCCCCUGAGGUUUUGAAACUCUGACCCUGUUUAGGACGAAAAAAAAAAUUCUAAAACACCACCCUCUUUAGGACAACACCCUUCAUUUUACUACCCUGUUAAGGGCAAAGGACAAAAUGCACCCCGCCCUAUUGGCAAAUGCAUUACAGCAAAUUCACGUUAUAGUCAUUUCCUUUGUAUUGUACAAAAUUGAUCCAGCAAAUGAAACCAAUCGUGCAAGCAAUACCCUGUUGACAGACUCUCACGAAAUUGCAUACCUCGUUUAGGACAGAGAGGUCAGAAACCAUACCCUGCCAGCGGCACAUCCCCGUAUAGGCCAUAUGAGGGAGAACCCCUUCCAACCCCCCCCCCCCCUCCUUCACCACCCUUGCUCGGGGCCAACGACUCAUCACAGUGAAGCUUUGUAUAAAAUAAAAUGCAUUCUGACAUUGCCUUGCACUUUUAAAGCUAAACUAAACUUUACUCUAAAUGAUACACCGUGUUAAAGUAUUUCAUAUUUUUAGAAAUCAUCUGCCAAGACCCAGGAGAUAUAACACACGGGAGUAAACAAUCCUUUCGUAGAAAUUACGACGAUGUUUAUGCUACCGUGGGAGACAGAGUAGAGUAUAACUGCUACCCAGGCUACAAAAUGGAUGGCUCUCAGCUGGUCUGCGAUAAAAAUGGAAAAUGCUUUAAGCAGCUGGUCUGCAAUAAAAAUGGAAAAUGGAGCGGAUCCAAACCAAAUUGCACAGGUAGGUGGACCUAAGUGCCUCUUCAGCCGUACUUCAGGAAGUAAUUUAAAAGGAGGUGAUGUGCUUACGAAAAAUCAGCGACGAGCAAUAAACAUAUACCGGCCUAAGUAUAACACGAUAUAUAUGCUGCUUUCGAUCUUAAAGAUACAUUGUUUGAUAUACAUGUACAUGUAGUUCUAAAUAAGCCAAUUGUAAUAUAAAAUGUAUUUUUCAAAACUAGAAGGGGGAUGCUCGUGAUAGGCUCAACUAGCCUUUUUCCCGAUUUAAUUCGAAUAAGAAUUCCAAGUCGACUCAGAAUAGCUUUUAGGUUUCAUUUGUUUUUGCUUACAUUUGAUAUCAUGUUUUUUUUUCCUUUCCCCCAUUGCUUUGUAAUAGUACCAACGUGUGGUCCUCCUCAACUUCCACCAAAUUCUGAGUUAUGGCGCUCUCAAAGUGGUAAAACUUCUUACAACUAUAACGAAAGAGUGGCGAUUAAGUGUAAAAGUGGAUAUUUCAUCAGAGGCUUUGGAUAUAGAACAUGUGUUAGUUCCGGAUGGACUGGACCCAAAUUUUCUUGUUCUCGUAAGUUACAUUAUACCGUUAAAUUAAAAUAAUUUUAAAUUUUUGCAUUCAAAAACUUUUUUCGCUAUAAACCUGUUUUUUGUAAGGUUAUGAAGACGCUUAUUCUCAUGUGAUUGUGGCCCGGUGAGCUUACGUCACGCAAAUUAAGGUGAUCGUUAUAUUGGAUUUGACUUGGAUUUUCAAGUAGACAAAUGAUAACCUGUUUAAUCAAGUCUUUCCUGCCUUUGAAAAAGCUUAUGAAAUUAAACUAAAUUUGUGCAAGGAACAUGUCUUUGGAACAAAUAAACAGCCUUUAAAGAAUAAUUAAGGCUCCAAUUUUCUUCCACAAAUAACGUCAAACAAACAAAUCCCAAAAUAUAACAUACCGUAAAAUUCCGAAAAUAAGCCCCUCCGUGUAUAAGCCCCUCCAAAUAUAAGCCCCCUAAACUCGUAACGCAAAAAACCCUCCAUUAAAUCGCCCCUCCAAAUAUAAGCCCCCGGGGGGCUUGUGCUUGGAAAUUGCCUUCUCAAACUCAUUAAUAAUUCAUAAAGAAAAUUCAAAGGAAAUUAAUGUUUGGAUAUCGGAUGAAAAACUGCUCAUUUUUGCAUCCUUAAUUUCUCCUUCAAAAAUGAUUUUGUUUGAGAAGAAAUAUCAAACAUUCGACACAGUGUUUCAUCACCAGAUGAAACACCUCGAAGUUCGUCAAAAAUACUCCGCCGCGCGUCGUAUUUUCAACUCUCUUAUCGGUGUUUCAUCUGGUGAUGAAACACUACGUCUCAUGUUUGAUAUAUUACCUCAAAUACAACAGUAAAACAAAGCACAAACGGCAAAUUUACUUCCAACUAUAAGGCUAGCCCGAUCGAUUUUGAAACGCAAAUUUCCUCCGUAGAUAAGCCCCUCCGAAUAUAAGCGCCUCCAAAAAUAAGCCCCUCAAAAAUGGCCUUUGAAAAAUAUAUCAAGGGAUGUAAUAUAUCAAGCAUGAGAAGCAGAAGAGAGUUGAAAAUACAACGCACAGUGGAGACCCUCAGUGGAGUAUUUUUGACGAAUUUCUGCCACUGACAGAGAUCGCUAUAAUCGCACGCGCUGGGUGAUAGCAACAUAUGACGCAAUUCUCGACCCACUAUUAAAUCCAGGAAUUAUCAAUAACCUUAACUUUUUGUUCCGAAUGUAUAGUUGAAAAUAAAUAAAUCUGAGAAAUGACCGGUUUGGAUUUAAACAGAAGACAAAAUAGCACCUACAAAAAUUACAACUCUGGUGAUGGAACACUGUCGAAUGCUUGAUAUUACUUGUCAAACAAAAGGAUUUUAGAAGGAGAAAUUAUGGAUGCAAAAAUGAACAGUUUUUCAUCUGAUUUCCAAACACUUAUGUACCGGAUUUUUCUUUAUGAGUUUGAGAAAGUGUCAUUCAACUUUUCAACAACUAUGGCAGUGGGGUAAAUAAUUUUGUUGAGGGCAAUGAGGUUAUUUUUUUUGCUUGGAAACAAUUAGAUUUCGCUCCAAAAUCCCUUUUUAGCUUGCCGGGCCCUCGAUUUGCGAGUUGCUUUCCAGACAUUGAACGAGGAAUGACCAUAGAUUAGAAUUUUUUUUCGUGGAAAAGUGAAAUUGGAGUGGAGUAGAAAAGUCGCUUAUAUUUCACUGACGAUAAAAAUAGUUUAAGCCGGCAAACAACACCGGAAGGGGAAAAACAGAAAGAGACGUUAAGCUUAAGUUGUAAUUUUUGUUGCUAUCACCCAGCACGUGUGAUUAUAGUGAUCUCUGUCAGUGUGAGAAAUUAUGACAAAUGUGAAUAUUUCUUUUUACUUAGUCCUCAGCGAAUGAAUGUUAAACUAGACACAUAUAAUAUGCGUGAGCUCGGGCGUCCGUAUAAAAAAAAGGCUCCAAUUAGAAAAAAAUCACCUAAGAAAUCUUGGUCUUCAAAGGCUACGUACAUCGAAACUAGACUCGCCGAAAGGAGGUUUUAACUGCGCUUCCAUAAUACUGUACAGCCGCCGAAUUCGCCAGUAUUCUCUUUCUAAUGGGAGGGAACGGCUGUACACAGGCUACAAAAUAAUCUUGUCGCCGACCAUUGCGUGACAUAGAAUCCUUAGCCUGCGUAGCAAGCGUUUCCAAUCGAGCUAUUGCGCGAAAGUCAGAGCGGGAGCAAAAAGAGAUGGAAGGGGAAGAAGGGAAGAAGAGGAAACGCUUGCCCGUAAACCCCACAAAACAACGCCCCUUGAUAUUUCACGGUUCGGUUCAUUUGUAAAUUGACAGAUAACUAACAGAUUACUGUAAAAUUUACUUUGUUCUCAAAUAAAACACGCUCCACGCGAAACUGUAAUAAAAGUUUCAGACUCUGAGCGAUUGCUGGGAAAUUUCUUGUUUUUUGCUGUUAAGUUAAAAUUGGAACUUUAUGUGGCUUUAUCUCAUCUGAAAUCUUGUCAAACGUCGCAAAGAAAUGACUUGUCCGGGACACUUUACUCCGCCGGCUAUGAGUUUUGCAGAGCGGCUGCUCUCCAUAGGCAAGCCCCUGGCAAGCCAGUGUCGAAAAGUUCUCUAAAAUACAUGCCGCCAAAUUUCCAAUAAACAAAAAUAAUCUUUUCAUUUCAAAAAGUAAACAAAUCACUUGUCCAUGGCGGCUUUAGCUAGUGUCGAGUACCGAUAACGCAAUCAUUCCCAAUAAAUUGGCCUUCACUAAUCUCCACGGCUCGAUCUCCAGUUAUACUUUGAAGGGACUCAGAUCUAAUAAACCUUCGCACAAACACGAUUCAAAUAAGUAUCAGUCCAAAGCAUUUGCAAUCUGCGACCACAAAUCAGACCAGACCAGAUCUGUGACGAACGUAAACAAAACAUACCUGGUUUGAUUGAUGUAUUUAUUGCUGUUUACUCAAUAGUUCCAACAUCGCACCAAUCGGAAGCUCAAAUUGUUUUUGUUCAAGCGAUUCAUCUCGUACCCUGGGUGCCAGAGGCUUUUCAUGCGCCGUUUCCGGUUUCGGUUAAGUCUUAAAAAGUGACCCGCACGAAAAGUUUUUUCAAAAGCUCCUAGUCGCGAGAAAAAACCUCUGGUACCCGGGGUAUUCAUCUCGAAGCUCAAAAAUUGACCUUUAUAUCCUAACUUUAUACCCUUUACUCCUUUACUCCCUCACUUAUUCAUUUACAGUGUUUCUUCCAGUAAAAUACGGGUUGUUUACAUUUAAAGGUAUACAUGUUAGAGCGAGAUGUGAACUAUCAGAGUUUAUCGAAACUCGCUGAUGUUAACAUUAAUCGCGCUUGUUGAAAUGGAGGCACAAAUUAGGUAUAACAUUCGAUCACGCACAAACUUAAUGACAGCGAUGCAAACAAAAGCAACUUGAAAACUGUACACCGCAAGCGGUCGUCCUUAUUUCCUCAGAGCCACGCGCGGAGAGAGAAGAAGUAAAACGACGCAAAUUUAUGAAAAAAAACAAACAAACAAAACAAAAAACAAAAUCAAAAGAGGAGAGAUUUGGACGUAGAGAGGAAAUUCCCCCUUAUCUGCCCUCUCGCCAAUGAGGAAAAUAAGGCCAAUGACGCCAGUGUUUUCGUCGGACGAGUCUUCUUUAUCCUAAUCCGAAAUUUAGAACUCCAAAGAGGCGUGUCAGAGAAAGGAAUAGAUCUUUAAACGCACUGCACUCUGCAAAGAUCGACAAAUAGGCUUUAUGGACCACGCAAUGUCCUCUGGGUUACUGCGUUAAUUAUUGAUAGUGUUCAUUUUUUGACGGACGCACAGGCAGCCCAGUUAAUAAAACCAGUCUACAUGCAUAAACAUCUGGAAAUGACUGGCCAUGUGCUCUGGUUUAGUCCGCUGGGCUUAUUUUACGCAUAGUCUUAGAUCUUGUGCACGCACUCUGUGCGCCAAUGAGUGAUUUGUGCCAGGAUAAUAAAAGAAAAGAAAAGAAACGGAGCCCAUUUUUUAGCUCGACCGUAGGCAUGGAAACGUCCGAGCAAUAAUGAAUGUUGACGGUCAGAAAGCAACAUUAUUCUUCGAAAGUGGGAGAAUUGGGCGGUUACUGCAUGGCCUUAUCAUGCUUAAACUUCAUCUGCUCAUAGACAGAGUGCACAAGUCAUUUUUCUGAUACUGAGGUGUUUCGCUCGUAUGUUUUCAGCAAAAUCCUGUGGUCAUCCUGGUAGCAUUUCAAAUGGAGAGUUGAAAUCUUACGUCUUUACAUUCAAGAGUAAAGUUCAUUACCAGUGUAUCCAUGGAUACAAACUUGUUGGAGAUAAAUUUCGUCAGUGUCAAGCUAAUGAACAGUGGAGUGGAAGACAGCCCAAAUGUGAACGUACGUAUUGUAAAUAAAAUAUUAACUAGUGGACUACCACAAAAUAAACAAACGAAGAAAGGAAAACCCCAAACAAACGAAAUUGAUGGAUGGAUAAACCAUUGAAUGGAAACCUUAAUUACCAGUUUAAACUGACGAUACGUAAGCUAAGUCAGGGCAUACCAGUUACAAUCGUUCGACUUGUUUUGUCAUUAAACUACUCAAACUCAAUAAAAUUGUUUGUAAUGAAAUAUUUUAAAUGCAAAACAACAAUCGGUAGAAAAUGUAAGGAACUGUUAAAACUAGGAGUACUGUUGUGGUUUAAUAGAGUUCGUCUAUUUUGUAGAUGAAGUCAAACAUAAAUAAUAAUAUUUAAUGAUUUUAUUGCGCAUUUUCUAUAAAAAUACAGGAGAUGUCGCCUUUUUAUAAUUUUUAAGAUUUCUAUGCGCCUCUUUUUCAAAGUGAUUGACUGUGGAGUGUUACCCACACCUGACAAGGCUUCAAAAGUAUCGGAAACUCACACGAGGGUGGAUGGCAUGGUCCGAUUUAAAUGUACAGAAAAGGGAUACGAGAUCAGUGGUUCAGAAAUAAGAAAGUGUCUCAAUACUGGCUUAUGGAGUGGGACAACAACCAAAUGUACAAGUAAGUUACGUAGCAAGAAAAAAAGAAAAAAAGAUCAAUAAAUAAAUUGAACAUCUUCACUCUAAAAGAAAGAAAAAAAGAACCACUAGAACCUAAAAAAACAAUUUACUCCCACGGAAAAAUUGUUUUGCCAUCUAUCUGAGCUCUAACUGUAUUAACUUGUAGUUAUCAGCUGUGCAGACCCAGGAUCUCCCAUAAAUGGUAAAAAAGUCAAUGCCAAAAAUAAAUACAACUAUGGAGAUACCUUGAAAUUUGCGUGUAAUGAUAACUACACAUUGGAAGGCAACCGCCAGAUAAAAUGCGAAGAAACUAAAGACUGGAGUGGAGCUCUACCUUAUUGCCGAGGUAACAAUAUUUACGUUAGAAUUUCUCUCAUUUCCUUUCGCUGUUUUUUUUUUUUGGUCAGAACAUGUUUUUCUUACCUCUCCUUUUUUCUUUUUUAUGUUCAACGUUUUUUCUAUUAAUUGAUAGGUUUUUCCAAUAUGUGACUAUAUAGCUUAAAAAUAGUAUUAUAUCAACUUCUUCAUCAUUAUGUCCACGUGAUUUUCAGUUGAUAUUUUCCUUUUGAUGUCGCUUAAUUUUCGCUUAAAUUUAGGAUUUCUUUGGCCUAAAAAAAAUAGGCUGAGUUGGCAGAUUGAAAUUUUAUUGAAGCGCAGAUCAUACGACUUAAUGGUACGAAACCCUUUUCGUUAAGCAUUUCCUUUCGGCUACCAGUUCGUAAGCUUUUUGGCGUAACUUCAAUUUUCCGCUUACAUGCGGAAAGAAAAGCUUAAGAAGGUUCAUUUCAUAAUGCAAUGAAUCUUACUGUUUAAUAUCUUUCUUUGUUAUUUAUUAUGUGCAUCUUAAUACUCAGUAGCAUAUUCUUUUCACAUGUAUUUAACUAGGAACUAAAAGCAUUAGACUAGGGCUAACGGCCUCAGACUUAAAACAAUUUUCUCAUAGCUUUUAAGACGCAGUUCAAAAGCGGCUUUUAAAAUGAACCGAAUAUAUACGAGAAAGGAACUUCUCUGAGUAACGUGUUUACAAUCUUUAAUCUUUCGAUCUGAUUUCUACUAUACAGCUCCUUGUGCAGAUCCAGGUGUUCCUUACCAAGGAAACAGAAUCGAUCAAGAUUUCCGUCACGGCCGAACAGUUAGAUUCACUUGUCCCACAAAUUACGUCAUGGAGGGUGUGGCAGCAAUAACAUGCACAGAAGGCAAAUGGAACAAUAAAAAGCCAAGCUGCAAGGGUACAUUAACAGAAAUUUUCAUCUACAGAAGAUUCCCUUCAAAUAAAAUAACCUAGAGACGAAAUCAGUAUUCUAAUAUCAGAAUACUUCUAAGGCCUAGACCAAACGUAGAACUUUUCAUGAGACGAACUAAAAUUACUGAGUUAAGUUCACGAAAAGGUUGACGUCUCACUCAGUUUAGUUCGUCUGAAUGCGUUUGGAUCGCCCAACCAUUCUUUCCGUCUGCUUCAGACGAAAAGAGCGUCUAAAAAUCGUCGAAUCUUUUCAUGAGACAAACAAAAUAAAUAAAUUAGAUUGAAAAAAUGCAUAUGAUCACGUAAAUUAAGCCACGAGAAAUUUAUUACUGAUCACGCGCACUCAAUUUUUAAGAGAAACGAAUACCUCUGGGGAGGAGAAAGCCUUUUUGAACGUACGUCCUUUUAAUCCUUUUUUUUGAAAUGGGGCCAAGUCGCACUAGAGGGCAAUUUCAGAUUUGUUCUGGACAAAUCCGACUUGAAAUCGGCCAGUGACAAAAAAUUUGUCCGGAAAGCUACAGUCGCACUUAAGAACAAAAUCUGUGAACAAAACACAACACCAUGCUUUUCAGCCCUCAGUUCAGUGAACUAAAAGCUUCUUUACUCCAUCUGUCCUGAGCUUUCUUGUUCUCGGCUGACGAAGAUGCACGGGGCUAAGAACAUGGGGUUGAUGGCGGCAUUAAAUCUUCGCUGAACCGGAGGGAUUCUGGCAACGAGUCAGCACUCAUGGUCGAAGAAGAUGGGCUGGGAUUUCCUCGAUCAUUAAACAUGUAAGGGCCUGGCAAAGGAUAGAUCCAUCCUGGUGGAUAUUGUGGAUAUUUUCGUGCGGAAAAAAUUGUCGCUCGCGCCGGAAUUCAUGUUGUUGCGAAAUGAGAACGUGAUUAAUUUUACAACGAAGUCUAUAGCAUAGAGACUCUGCUACAAAUCACCUGUCAAAUCAUUUCCGAAUUAAAACACACUUGCUAUUGUUUUCCAAAAUUUGUCUCAAUUUGGCCUGCUCCAGAGGUAGUCGACGGCAUCUUUGAAGUUUGUCCGUCUGCGACCAAAUUUUGUCCUUUGGUGAACAAACCGGUCGCACUUGGUUUUUCAUUGUGAUGACAGAUUUUUGACAUAAAUAAACAGUUUUGUCCUCUAGUGCGACUUGGCCCAUGAUCGGGACGCAUUAGAGAGCCGGAAACAGUUGAACUCUCCCUUAAGCUAUGAACCCAAUAAUGCGAAAUAUUCAGCCAACAGAAGAUGGCAAAUUGUUUUCUUGUGAAAAUCCGCUGUUCGAUUUGUUGUCUUAUUAUAUUGUAUUGUUAGUUAAUCACUAGUCUUAAUUUUUAUAAAUUGUAAUUAUCACAAGGCAAGUCUGAAAACCAGCUUGCUGAGCCAUUUACCGUGUUUAAAUAAAGUUGAUUGAUUAUAUUGGCUCGACGCUCCCUAAGUUCGUCGUCUGACUCAACAGACCAUCUUAACUUAAUUUAGGUCUACAAAAAUUAGAGUUUUGGUUUGUCUCAUAAAAAGUUCGACAUUUGGCUUCAGUCUAAACCAAUUUAUACCAGUUUAACACACAUUUUCUUACAUUUCAGCUCCUUGCUUAGAUCCUGGAAGUCCAACCAAUGGAAGAAUAACCGGAAAUGAUUUUAGCCAUAGUCAAUCAGUCAGAUAUACAUGCAAUACCGGUUUUGAAGUUGACGGCGAUCAACUUCUAAAUUGUUCUGAUGGAAGAUGGAUUGGAAAUAAACCGCGCUGUAAAGGUAAACACAGUAUUAAGAGCGGAUGUCAGUAAAUAUCGACCAGAGAGGUCUACAAUAGUGAAAAAUCGAAAAUUCUCAAAAAAAUUCACAAAGUAGCACUAGGUAAGCUAUUUACAUAAAUGUAAGUUUUACUUCGAUCCGAUAACUAUUUUCCACGUACGGGGGGGUUAUUGGUUUCGCGGCUCUUGGACCGGGCUUUCCUGGCCCGAGACCAUGUGUCACAAAAAAAUCGUUUUAAAAUUCAAAUCCAUUGUAUUGCGGACAACAAAUAACUUAUCCAGAAGAGUACAUAACUGCACACAUUUUAACUGGUGAUUUACUCAGUUUGAAAGAGAAUGUAAUAUUUUGGAGAUUUUUCAUUAUUUUCAAUAUUUUGAUCGUUUUCGUUCAAAGAAAAAAUGGCAAAUUUCAAAGCCCCAAAUCGUCCACUGGUACCUCGAUUUCAGUAAGGAGGGUAGCCUGCGAAAACAUCCGUUUCUCCUCGCUCUUCGCCGCUGGGGACGUUUCGCGAGGAGGAACGUCUGCGACUCAGCGACAGAAAUUCCAUACUGAUGACGUAAAAUCUGUCCAGAAUCCGGUCAGAAGCGCUGAUUGGUCGACGGAGUAGUUACAUUGUUUUAGCUAUUGUUUACGAAUGACAGACAAAAGACAAAAGGCCACAGAGGUCAAAUGUAAACGCGAAGAAUCUCUAGCAAAACAGUCAAUAUUUGUAGAAUAUACUCUCCUGUAGAAGAAGUAUUUGAGUUUUGCUGGAGCUCGUGGGCAGAUCAACACAACACUUUACCAAAAUCGACCAGAAGACACGGAAAAUUAGACAAAUUUAUUUUUGGAACCCCAUGACUACCGGAUUUAUUAUGUAAACAGUGAUUUGCGUCAUCAGUAUGGAAUUUCUGUCGCUGAGUCGCAGACGUUCCUCCGCGCGAAACGUCCCCAGCGGCGAAGAGCGAGGAGAAACGGAUGUUUUCGCAGGCUAUAAAGAGGGUUAUACCACGUUAAAGAGCGUUAUCUCUUCUUUCAAAAUCUAUUUUCAAAACUAUGGGCAACUGAAAAGAAAAUUUUUGAGGCCAAAAAAUACAAGUAGUACUUUUCUGAAAUUUGAGCUUUCCAGACUCGGCGGGCCAAUGCUAAAAACUCGGAAAAAUACGAUAAGAAAUCAGUUUGAGCAACAGUGGUUUCAUGUUAUCAGCUUUCAGAAACCAAGACGUGUUUAUACAGUGAUCUGAUAUAAAUUAAUGCCGUUUGCUAUCAAGAAAGGCAGAUUUGACCAGAUUUAAGCUGUCAACUCCUGCCAAGUGCACCAGUCACGUCAAGUUGUCAAAGGCAGGGCAGCGCACUAAUAAUAAAAAGUCUUAAAAUUCAAAACGUUUUACGUCCAUGAAAUCAGAUUUUAGCGUACAAAACAAUGUUGUGAAUUUCUGUUGUUCGUACCUUAGCAUGGUGUUUCCAUACACAGGAAAAAAUAACCGAUUCCCAUUUUUGGAUAUUUUUGGGUAUUUAAAGAAUACCCACAAAAAUCCCAAAUUUGGAAGAGUGAGACAAGUCCCAAUCUGGGAACUUGGUUGGGAAUUCCCUGGUUGGGACUCGUCUCACUUUGCCAAAUUUGGGAUUUUUAUGGGUAUUCUUUAAAUACCCAAAAAUAUCCAAAAAUGGGAAUCCGUUAUUUUUUCCUGUGAUAUAUUGGAAAUGUCAAGUAUCCACACGGGAGAACGUUCCAAACAACAACAAGCGCCGAAAGACCGUAAACGGCAAAGAUUACGUUACAUUUCACAGAACGACCGCUUACCACUGUUGUCACUCCUUUUUUCGCUGGAAGCUACGAGGAGUUUUCAUUCCGUCAUGAGUGAUUCUUGAUCAGCGCUUCCUUGAAAGUACGACCCCGGACAGAUGAUAACUGAGGACGUUUCGUCAAGACUCCUGUUGUUCAGUUUCAGGCUUUAGCAGGUGCGUAGUAAGGAUUUUUCCGGAGGUACGCCCGCCCAACUUUUUCAACAUCGUCUUCCCCCCCCCCACCCCAAAUCUCAACAUUUUUUUAAGGUGCCUUUAUUAAAGGUGGGGUUAACGGUUGUAAGCAAAUCAUUUUUGCUGUUUAUGAAAUGACACAACUUCUAAAAUUCUUUAAUUCUGUCGGCUUGUUAUGUUCAUUGACGUCAACCGUUUAUCAUUAAUUCAGCUACUAAAAAUCGAGCUUGUAGUACCUCCGACUUAAGUUUACAAAUGACUCUUUUUACCCUUUUUGUCACAUUAUUUUUGACCGACAAAAGCACCACACAUUGACGUAAUUGUGCCCUACUUCGUCUACUCCUAAGACAGGUCGUGGAGAAAACAACGCGUUCACGCUUUACAUCAUCAAGCUUGCUAUAUAAAUAAAUCAUCCAAGAUUCGGUUCUCCAAUUAAUGUCGUCGCUUCUCUGCUGGAAACCGAUUUUUUUAGUUAUGUUUAUUUCAUUCUAUUUUUUCUCCCCAACGUUUUCAGGUACGCACGUGCGAACCGUGUGUACAAGUAGCUACGCCCCUGUUUAGUCUCCUUAGCCCUGAGAGUUCCUCUCUUGCGGUUUUCGCAGGAGUUCAGGAUGUGGUCCACCCAGUAUUUCACGUCUCUAUUAAAUGACAGGAAGCACUUCUUGUUUAGCGUUUCGUUAUCAGACAGCGCUUAGACUCUUAGCCUUUCAUUUAAUUUUGAUCAAAUUUUUAUCAUUUAGUUUCUCAGUAUACGUUCGAUCCUGUCCUUGUAAACUUAUACUUUUAUACUUUAAGGGAGCUUAAUACCUAUAUUAAUAUUUUCUUCGUGUGGUGUCGUCCAACAGACCCAGUUUUUUGGCUUUUUUUAAAAAAGCAAGAAAAAGAAACGACAAGGUUUAUCUUUUUUGGACUUAAAUUAAUUCUUUUAAUCUAAAAAAUGGGCAUUGUAACAGCAUUUCCAGGCAUAAAACGUUCGGUGGUGUAUCCUUUUUGCUUUAUACCCUUUUUCGGCCUUUUUUUUUAUGAAAUUGACCAUCACAUUUUCCGCCAUAUUGAGUUUGUGUCGAUUUGGUGACCAUGUCUUGUUGUUUUCAGGCUCCAAGGCAAUAAUGCUGGUGUUUCAGGCCUCCUGUUCUCAGAUUUCUUGGAUUUUUUUUCACCCCACUGACCAACCCACCCAAAACAAGGAAACCUAUUCGACGCUAAACGAACGAAAAGGGGAUGAUCUGUAUACUUGUCUUUUGCUUUGUUUUGUUCUUUUUUGUCGGUAAAAUAAACUGAAACUGCACAAAGACCAUCAAUAGUCCCUUUGGAGGUUAUGGAACGCGCAUAAAAAAAAUGAAAAAAGCGAUGAUUUAUUGACCGCAAGGGCAAUGGGGUGGGGUUAGGGCUCUUUACUGCGCUCCGGUUCAUUCGUGCGCUGUCAAAUGGUCCCGAUAUUCAAAAUGAAAAAUGACUGCGGACAGACUAUUCACGUCUAGACAUCGAGCGUCUUUUAAGAUGGGACUUAUCGCCUCUCCCUCUUCAUGGAGUUGAUUCAAGGUGUUGACGUCAAUUUCGUGAUGCCCUGCAUGUUGCAGGGACAUAUUUCAAAAGGGCCUUUCCACAGCUACGGAGUCCACCGUCACCUUGUCAACCGUGCGAGAAAUGAUGUAAUUCACAAAAAAAAGAGAGGUUAUUUUCGAUUUGCACCGCCCCCUUCGCCCGAAAGUCCCCGACAGGACCGCUUCAAAGUACUCCCCACCCCCGGGCCCAAAUGGCUGGACUUGUUCCUGUGGUUGCGCGGGGGAUAGUAACAGGUCUAACUAAUUGCACCGUGCAUCAAUGACAGUUUAGCUCAAUCAGAAGCCCCUUUUCCCUGGCUAGGUCAAGGUUUGUGCACCUCCUUUAAGCUGUUUUUUUCGGUUCUUACUGAAAUUUUUGAUCUUGAGGAAAUUUACAACGACAGGAGCAGGUUAUGGGCUUUUUUUCCUACCCCUAAUCCUACAUCACGGGAAAUUGGGAAAUCCCUCAGGUUAGGCAAGAAUUCGAUAAUCCUUCCAUAAUCAUCCAUUUUUUCACCGCGUGAAUUGAGUAUUUUUUAGCUUAUUUCGAGGAAAUACUUUUUGCUUCAAAUCCAGGGUGGGCUUUUAAACACAUUUUUUUAAGCCAAAUGGUUUUUGCGUGAAUCUGCUUCCCGAACUUUUCGUAUAAAAAACGACAAAUACCCGAAAAAAGCUCGUGCUGUUGGUGGUGGUGGCAUAUUUCCGAUAAAUUCAGUUCAAUGUCUCGUAAAGAAGAGUUCAGGUCCGUGCCGCGCGCCUCUCGAGGCAAGCGUUCCGUCGAAAUGCGGGCCCAAAAACAGGUGGUAAGCGGUCAAUCUGUGAAAAGUAACGCAAUCUCCGUCGUUUGAGAGCAGCCGAAGAUGCUCUUGCCGAUGCUGUCCGUGAUGUUUUUUAUUUCCAAUAUCUAGGAAACCCAUGCUAAGGUAUGAAAGAUACACUCGUAGGCAUUGUUCUGUCCGCUAAAGUCUAAUUCCUGGACGCAAAAACGUUGUGCUUUUUGAAGUUUAUUAUUGUGCUUUGCCCUUUGACAACCUUACGUGACUCGUGCGUUUGGUAGCAGAAGAUGGCUAAACUCUGCUUUUCUUGUUGGAAAACGGCUUUAAUUUUUAUCAGAUCGCUCGAUAAACACGUGUUGGUUUCUGAUAGCUGAUAAAGUUAAACCACUGUUGCUCAAACUGAUUUCUUAUUGCAUUUUUCUGAGUUUUUAGCAUCGGCCCGCCGAGUCUGGAAAGCUCAAAUUUCAGAAAAGUACUACUUGUCAAAAAUUUUCUUUUCAGUUGCCCAUAGUUUUGAAAAUAGAUUUUGAAAGAAGAGAUAACGCUCUUUAACGUGGUAUAACCCUCCUUACUGAAAUCGAGGUACCAGUCGACUAUUUGGGGCUUUGAAAUUUGCCAUUUUUUCAUUGAACGAAAACGUUCAAAAUAUUGAAAAUAAUGAAAAAUCUCCAAAUUAUUACAUUCUCGUUCAAACUGAGUAAAUCACCAGUUAAGAUGUGUGCAGUUAUGUACUCUUCUGAAUAAGUUAUUUGUUGUCCGCAUUACAAUGGAUUUGAAUUUUAAAACGAUUUUUUUGUAACACAUGGUCUCGGGCCUGGAAAACCCGGUCCGAGAGCCGCGAAACCAAUAACCCCUCCGUACGUGGAAAAUAAUUAUCGGAGCGAAGUAAAAGUUACAUUUAUGUUAAUAGCUUACCUGGUGCUACUUUGUGAAUUUUUUUGCGAAUUUUCGAUUUUUCACUUUUGUAGACCUCUGGUCGAUAUUUACUGACAUCCGCUCUUAAGUUCUUCUUUGGAUUACUUUAACACAUUAGAAUGCAAUGGAAGACUUGGACUGAAAAGCAAAGUAGUUAAGGAUAUUGACAUUACGUCAUCAUCUGAGUUAAGUCCCAAUCACGCAUCUGCAUUUGCACGGCUGGAUGGACGGGGAGCCUGGUGCCCAGCUCAAGGAGAUAAAUCACCGUAUAUACAAAUCACACUAGGCGAAGAAAAGCUUAUAACUGCGAUGGAAACCCAAGGCAGCUCUUACGAUUUCAGUUGGGCAAGAAGGUAUGAAGUGAGCUACUUGAAGGACGGAGUAUGGAGACGGCACCAGAAGGUAAAUGCAACAUGUUGACUUGAAAUUAUCUACUGGUGCAUAACUUUAAGUAAAUGUAAUCAUAAUUAAGAAAACUUGGAAAAAAUAGCCUCCCAGUUUGAAAGGAAAAGGAAAUUUUUCUCCUCUUAACUUCGUUAAAAAAAAAAAGAACAAAAACAGGGGAAAUACAAAAAAGUUAAAAAUAUAAACUGCGCAUUUUUGUCUCCAACUUGAAAUUUCUUAUGCUAGGCAAUAUAAUAACUUUUGGAAAGUAACCGUAACAACGUUAACAAUACUUCUAACGCACCGAUUAAUUUUCCUGAUUUUAUUUUAUUGGCUAUUUUGGGUCAUGUGAUUGCAAAUCGGAGUUAAGCGGGUAUUGGGCAAUACACCCCUUCUGCGUCGGAAUUUGCCCUACGAUUUUUUGGUGGCAUAACUUAACAGAAUCAACAAAGUUUUCGUUUUUCGUUUCUAAAUUUUGAGAAGCUAGUCGCAAAUGAUGUUCCAGAAAGUACCAAGAAGUCAACGAAAUAUGCUGUUAAUGUUUUCGAAACUGAGAAAAAGUUGCGAAUUUACAAUAAUUCAGUCAACUGAAACUUGAAUUCAGUUACUUUACACAUUUAUAGCUGUCUGCUUUGGAAAUGAAUUCAAUAAAGUGUUUAAAAUAAACCAUUUUUGGUAAACUGUUAGCAUGGACAAAAGAGAGGGAAAGAUCAAACCACACUUGAAACGAUGAAGCACGAAGAAUUGUCCAGCAUGAAGAAACGUACCGGGAAGCCACAUAGUCGCCAAAAACCGUGAAAGCAAUUCUUUGCGGGCUAGACAUAUUUUUAUAUGGUUCUCCUCAAAGAUAGCUUUUUGUUUCAUUAUUCGGGAUAAUAUGUUUAAACCGGCAAACGAAGCCCUUGAUGUCUCGCAGGCUUCCAUUUUGUAGUGGUGGUUGAAAUAUUGAUUUAAGUUCUUCAAAUUGAGGAAAGCUCUUACUAUAUCCUCCUGUCUUCAUUUUUACGAAAAAGCAUUGCGUAGAUGAAUUCCCUUUAUUAACUACGGAUCUGUGGAACAGAAGUUUAUUCUUUCCACUCCAGAAAGAAGUUACCCUGAGUUCCAGAGGAAUUUUUCUAAUUCCAGAUAGUUCGCGGCAAACGGUGACAACGAGGGGCAAGGCGCGGAGAGAAAAAAAAAUAACCUGUUGUCACAGGAGCUACGAGUCUCAUUUCCAAGCAAUUUUAGGAUCAUAUAUCUGACGAAACCGGUUUGGAGCUGAUGUGCAUAUUUGUUUUUAUUGACUCUGACAGCUGAAAUUUGAUUGUACAUGACUCUGUAGCCUGCCUGCAUUUGUAGCAUGGCGGUUUUGGUCGGGUGUGCAAAGUAGCCAUAAAGGCGGGCGAGGGCAGUAAAACUGCUAGGAGAUUGGGGCAGGAGCAACGAGAAACUACCUGCCUCGAUUGGCGGCCUUUUUGAGUAGUUCGUGUGCCGGCGUACGGAUCUAUCCUGCGUAGCGUGGCGGUUUUGUCGGGCGCACAAUUGAGUGGCGAAGCCGACAGAAAAAUGAAAACUGACUCUCGUUGCUUCCGCCCCAAUCUCCUCUCUGUUUCACUGCGCUCGUCCGCCUUUAUAGCUACUUUGCGCGCCCAACCAAAACCAGCGCCAUGCUACGCAGGGUAGUGGAUCUGCGUCUGAGAGGCAUGAAAAUAUAAUUGUCCCAAAUUCCUUUCCAAAAAACAAACAAACAAACAAAAAAACUAACUACAAAAUUCACUUCAAGCCUCAAGCAUAUAAAAGGACAGAGGUACACACUUUGUAACUAGCUGUUUUUACAAGUCAACAGGAUAACAAGAAUUUAAGAGGCUGUCCGCGUAAGAACCGAUAAGGCAAAUUUUGGUCUAUCACGGAUUGCCCUGAUUUUUUCAGUGGAAGAUAACUAUCCUAUCCCAUGAAGAAAUAUCACAUUUAUUUGGACCAACUCAAUUUUUUCUCUAUUUUACAGAAAGAUUUUCUAGGUCACCUAAAACUAGCCAGUUUGCCGUCGGAAGUGGUGCGAUUUUAAGGAAACUUUAGGGCUCUUGCAAACCUACCUUACAAAGCCGAAUAAGCUGAUUAUUUUACACACAAAUGUUUUAACCCUCAUUAAUAGUUUCAAGGUUCAACGGUUGCAUUCUGUAGAAAGUUGGCUGAGAUAUGAUUUUUUUAAAAUGACCUUUAAUUUGCUUAUCGGGAAAAGGAAUUUGCAUAACUAAAGCUGAACGGUAAUUUCGCAAAAGUGGCACCUGACCCAAACUCAAGUCUAUGAUAAAACAGAAGUACUAAGACCAGUCUACUUCUUCAUGCAAUAAAAUUUGUGGGCACUCUUCUUUGCGUGCUGUACAAAGUUCCGUUAAUGUUCCAAAAUUCGCCAUUUUGACAGCAAAGUUGGAAAUGUAACGGUCUGCAUCUGGUCGACUAAUUUGCACAGCUUUAACGUUUCUAGUUAUCACUAACUGUCAUUAGACCCUUUAAAUGUUGGACUUUCGAAAACAUGUGGAGAAAACUUAGUAAUCGCUUUUUCUUGGUUUUUUUCUUGUCGACGAUGAACGUGACAUCAUUCUCCGUAUGCAAAUUAGCCUUAGAUGCGUCGUUUCAACAACUUGACAUGAAACAUAAUCCUUACAUUUCACACUUCUAAGGAGAAAAAUAACUCUCCUUUCCACAGAAAAAAGACGAAACAUCACUUAGAAUCCCCUUAAGGUCUGUUUUUUUUUUGUUUAAAGAGGAAGAAGCAGCUGAAUAAUAUAUCAUGAUAUAUGUUUGCGUGGCUUUAAAUAAUUCAAUUACUGUGGCCUGUCACGCAUUCCUAAAGAGGGGCGGUCGAUUAGAAAACAAUAGCUUUGAAUCGAUCAAUUUUAUUAUAUUAUCAUCUUUUUUAAAAUGAUAGUUACUGAUAAAAAUAAAAAAUAAGAGUUAACUUGCAAGGUAAGUCCUCUUGUCAGCACAAUAAAAUUUGAGGGUACUCUUUUUUUGCUUAUCAGAUCUUUGUACACGGCACUAUGAUAAAAGAAAAUACCCCACACUUUUUCUAUCUUAAAAAGUUUUUAAGGGAAAAUCCAUGUAUAGCUUUGAAAAAGGAAAAUUAGCUGUAAAUUUCAGUUUCAUUCAAAGAUCUUUAGAGCGUUUAUCGGUAGCAGAAUGAAACGGGAAAAAUAGUUUCUUUCUUUCAGUGAAUACAUGCAAAAGGGAUUAUCUCAGUUUUUAGUUUUUGUUAGGGUAUAACAUCCGUAUUCCCAAGAUGAUCUUGUUUUGGUUUCAAUCUAAUUCAAUUAUAAUGCAACAGGUGCCAGUUUAAAAUAUAAUUAUGUCACUGAAAUCGCCGAAGAGAUCAAUUGUGAAAAGUGGCUUAUUCAGCUAUUUCAUACUGAUCAAGAUGUUCUUUCCGCGAGAUCGUCAAGACAGAGUGUGGUCCCAGUAGGGGUGUGGAGGGAAAUGUGAUGGUCGCAGAGUGCAUGAAUGAUAUUACGUCGCACUUAGCCAGCUGUCACUUGUCUAAGUGUAGUAAAGUCAAUGACUGGAUGAACUCAUUUUAGCGAGAGUAGAGGUUUGGUAGGUAUUCGGAACUGAAAUGACAAUCUGCUCAAGGCACAGACACUAAAUAGCCUGUGUACAGACCCCCCUUCCCCUUAGGAAAAAUCGGGGAAGGGGGCCCCUUCCCCGGGGGGGGAAGGGGGGGGGGUGUGUACACAGGCUAACACUGACUAAAAUGACCGAGGCACAGACACCUACUUGGCAGGUUUUUGCGAGCGCCAAGGUCUUGUUAGGCUCCAUUGUAAGCCGCUGUGCUGGAAAAUGAGCCCCCAAGGGAUCGGGAGACGGCGGAAAUCGAGCUUAAGGUCUUGUCAAUACCCCGGUCACACUCUGGAUCAUACUGGCAAAAUAACUACUGUGGCAGGAAAUAAGUCAAAGUUUUGCUCCAUCAUGUAAGUAUCAUUCUUUUUUCUUCUUCAUGCAAAAAAUUUCUAAACGUACAGAGAUAUUCUAAUUUCUCCAUUUAACAUUUUAUCUUGCGAUGUUUUCUGAUGUUCGUUUCUAGUUUAUUUGACCUUGCAAAGAUAGUUGAUUUAUUUCUAUUCUUUGACAGCCGUGUAUCUUGCUCUAAUCAAUUCUUACCUAUAAAAAACUAUACAUAAAGGUUAAUCCGUGUGUUGUAAAAGAUAGUUUUCUGAUGAUUGUUUGAAAAGCAUUAUAAAUGGGGAAAAAAGAAAGAUCUUUCUACACGGAGUCAGGAUUCAACAUUGUCCCCAGGGCUUUCCAGCCCCUGGCAUUUUCUAAGAGGAAUGUCCUUGGGUCGUGUGUGAAAAGUAUUUCAUUCUUGCAAUAAAAGCAUUUUUUUUUAACUUAAACAGUGUUUAAAACAUGUCUCUGGUUUUGUAAAUUGUAGUGAGUACCAGAACGUUUAGUUCAACUUUAUAUAGCCGAUUUGCUCCUCCUGUCGCAAGAAACGUGAAAAAACUUGACGCCAAAGGGUCGAGAAGAGUACGAUUGAGCAGUCAGCAACCAUGUCCACACCUUUGCCGGAGAGGUUUAUUGGACAAUAUUUCUCUGUUUUUCUUGUUUUGAUAACGUUUUCAUUAAGUCUUCAAAAAUGUCUCCACAUUGCUGUUUUUUUUUUUUGGUAUUUAUACCCUCUUGAACAAUGUGCUCCACCAAAGUGCUCCUCUUAUCUCUCUAUUCUUAACCUACUUUACCAUCCACCCUCUCUCCCUCCGGUUCCACCUCUACUUUUACAAGCAUUUAUACUUAAAGGGGUGAAAUUUCUUCUGUGUAUAUUAAUUUCUGAAAAAUUAAGUCCUUCUACUUUUUCCUUAAAUUCUUAAACUUAGUUCUUUUUUCUUUAAGAAUCGCCAAAGAUGCUGCUAAGGCUGCAAUAAGCGCACUCGCCCUUUCAUAUACUUCAACUAGUGAAAUGCCCACCCUUUCAUAUACCUGAAGCCUGAAAAAGAUACCCCUUUCGGGCGGAGCCUCCCUGUAUAGGCCAUCAUAGGGAGUUCCCCCCACCCCCGUUCCAAUUCCGAGCUCACCUAUUGCCAGCCCAUGUUGGACUCUAGGCCCGUUUGAGUCAACACCUAAACAUAGUCCUAAGUGUAAUUACAAUAAGGCAAUGGACGAAAUAACCAAUGUAAUGAACUCGAAUAUAAAUUGAACUUGACCAUAGAGAUCUGCUGCAAGAAGACGAGGUGUUCGAAAGGCAAAAGCCUGUUGCAGGAAUCGCCGAAGAAUAAUUGAGACCACAACACCCUCAAUCAGAAGCUUUCAACCUAUGUGUAUGUCAAAGAAAGAUUAACCUAGUCAGUUCAACGUGGUAACAGAGCCGUAGGGCAGCUGCCUCCCCUGGACCUGUUGAGCCAGACAAAUCAAGUCUGUGGAUGGAUUUGUUUUCUUUAGACUCAGUCAUUUUGAUUAUAGUGAUUUGCAAUUGUUUGCCAUUUUCAUCUUCGAGGUCUAUUUUUCGGAGACAUAUCUCAUGACAAGUGCCGAAAAUAGCAUUUCGGAGCCUCAAAAUUUGAAAAUUUUUCUGUGGGAGGACACCCCCAGACCCCCCUACAAGGCUCGUGCCUUCGGCUCUCGCGAUAAUGCCUCUCGUUACAAAAAACCUAGCUACAGCCCUGGGUAAUGCUAAAAAAUAAGUUGUGUCACUUUGAAAUACCAUUCAAAUCCAGGGAAAGAAAAGGAGACCUUAUUUACAAACUUUCGUCUUUCAUACACUGAAUGCACGUGCUUUUCUCCAUCAGCUCAGUAGUAAACAUAAACAACAGAGGGAUCCUUAAUUUAGUGUGAUUAACAGCCGGCAAAAACUUUUGGGAUUUAACAGGAGACGGACCGUUAACAAAAAACUAUGCCUUUUUCUUUUUUCCAAGUGACUACUAUACUUUUUAGCUAAUUGUCGUGUAUUACACCAUGGGCCGUCAUAUUAAACCCUAUCUUAGUGGCGCCCGGUGAUACUGACUCAGUUAAAACGGUCGUAGAUUGAAUAAAUACAACAGCACGGUAUUUCCCACCCAGUAAAGAAUCGGAAUUAACAGUGAUUAAAUUGUAUGAUUAUCAAUAACUAUCACCUCAAAAAAAAUAUAAUAAGAUAAAAGAACUGAUCGAUACACGGUCACUCUGGGGGAAUGCGUGACGAGCCACAGUAAUUAAAUUACUUUAAUUCGCGUAAACAUACCGUAUCUUCUUCUGCUGCUUCUUCCUCGUAAAAGAAACAGACCUAAGGGGAUUCUAAGUCAUAUAUCGUUCGUGUUUUUCCGUGGAAAGAAGAGAUAUUUUUCCCUUAAAAAUAUGAAAUACAUUAUUAGUAUUAUAUUUUCUCUCAAUUUGUUGAAACGACGCAUCUAAGGCUAAUUUGCACAAGGAGAAUAACGUCAUGUUCAUCGUCGACAAGAAAAAAAAAAACAAGAAAAAGCGAUUACCAAGUUUUCUUCACAUGUUUUCGAAAGUCCAACAUUUAAAGGGUCUAAUGACAGUUAGUGAUAACUAGAAACAUUAAAGCUGUGCAAAUUAGUCGACCAGAUGCAGACCAUUACAAUUCCAGCUUUGCUGUCAAAAUGGCGAAUUUUGGAACAUUAACGGAACUUUGUACAGCACGCAAAGAGGAGUGCCCACAAAUUUUAUUGCAUGAAGAAGUAGACUGGUCUUAGUACUUCUGUUUUAUCAUAGACUUGAGUUUGGGUCAGGUGCCACUUUUGCGAAAUUACCGUUCAGCUUUAGUUAUGCAAAUUACUUUUCCCGAUAAGCAAAUUAAAGGUCAUUUUAAAAAAAUCAUAUCUCAGCCAACUUUCCACAGAAUGCAACCGUUAAACCUUGAAACUAUUAACCAGAGCUGAAACUUUUGUUUGUAAAAUAAUCAGCUUAUUCUUCUUGGUAAGGCAGGUUUGACAGAGCCCUAAAGUUUCACCAAAAUCGCACCACUUCCGACGGCAAACUGGCUAGUUUUAGGUGACCGAGAAAAUCUUCUUGUAAUAUAGAGAAAAAAUUGAGUUGGUCCAAAUAAAUGUGAUAUUUCAUCAUGGGAUAGGAUAGUUAUCUUCCACUGGAAAAAUCAGGGAAAUCUGUGAUAGACCGAAAUUUGCCUUAUCGGUUCUUACGCGGACAGCCUCUUCAGUAAGGUCUAUGCCUAUAUUAGCUGCUGGUUUUGUAAGCAAAUAAGCCGCGCCGCGAACUAUCAGAAAUUAUGAAAGAAAGGAAAAAAAAAAGGUUUUGGCGCCCAGGGUACUACCCCUGAGAAUUCAACGUCUUGCAAACAACACUGCAGAAGUGAGCCCAUCAUGACAAAACUUAGCGGGAAAUCAUCACAUUCAUUCAAAGUACUUCCUUUCGUCUGAUAAGUUCAAACAAUGUUUCUUCCUCUCGCAACUUCGAUUCAAUUGUCGGAUGUUCGCAAAUUUCAAAGUUUAGCCAGAGAUUGUUGAGCCGUACUCAUAACAGAACACAAGACGGUCUCUCCGACUUGUUUGUUAUGAACAUCGAGACCAGAUGAUAUAGAUGCUAAGCAAAGGCGCUUAGUGAUCGGAAUGCAGGUGUGGUUUUAUGGGCCCUGUCCGUCUCUUGUUCAGCAUGUACAAAAAAGAAAACUCGAUUACCUCUUGAGCGAGCAUUUUCCCGCCUUUUGUGACAUUUCCAAGAUGGCGUCGUGCCCUUCACGAUAGAUGUUUGCAAGUGUUUUAAAUCUCAAAUCUCAGGUCUUGUGACCGAACGGGAGGACCAAGUUUGUCCUACAUCAAUUUGUUAACACGAACCUUCAUCAACCCUUCGCAGUUUUCGAGCUGAGGGUACUAAGAAUUAUUAUUAUUUUUUUUUUUGAAGUGGUGUUUCUUAAAGCAUGCCGUCAAACUAGAAGCGUCACAGUUUUUGCAAGUUCCUCAUGAGUGGGGUUGGGGGGGGGGGUGCGGGGGCUGUCUUCUUCGACUUUAGGCAAUUUUUAACAAUUUCUUACCAGGAUCAUCAACUCUUCUCUUGAGCAUGGUGUCUUUCCAUCAGUGUGGAAAAUGCCCUGGUUUUUGAUUUACUUAAGAAAGAUGGCUUUUAGAACCCAAUAUUCAAAACCUAUCGACCCGUCAGUAACGUGCAAUUCGUCUCCAAACUGAUUGAGAGUGCGGUAGCCAAACAUCUUCAGCAUCACAUCAAAUGAAUAAUUUAUUUCCAAUGCUACAAUCAUCAUAUGCUUGAAAGUUAAAAGUUGCAUUUUUUUUUAAACAUGAACAGACAGCAUGUCUCUUUGCUUGUUCUGUUGGAUUUGAGCGCGGCUUUUGAUACCAUUGAUCGUGGUAUCUUACCUGAGAGGCUUAUUAGGUCUUCAUUUGGAGUUCGGGAUACGGCACUUUCCUGGUUUGCAUCAUACUUAUAUGGCAGAACUCAGCAAGUUUCAGUCGACGACACACUCUCAACAAAGUUCGAUUUGGAAUGCGACCUUGGGAAACUUAGCGCGCAUCUUUUAGCAAAAUCACGCAGAAAAUAGCCAGGAUAUCCCUAGUCCAAGCACAAUCUGUAAGCUUCUGAACAAUAUUUGCCAGCCCAGAAAAUUGCAAUUGCAUUCCAUUCCAUUCCACUUGGCCAAAAUACACACUUAAUAUCUAACUGGAUUUGGUACAAGGUACCUGCACUCAUUCUCUAGACAGCCAGGUCCAAAGAGCAAGAACUCACCAUCCCAACCCAUGACAUUUAUGACUAGUCAAUCACUCCCCCCAAGCUCUGCUAGAAGCAUUAUGAUAAUGAGUCAGAGCAUUGAUUUGGCUGGGCUAGAGCAGCUCACAAGAAAAAUUCCUUGACUUUGCACUACGAACUGACUUGAAACUCUAUAGUCAAAGCGACAAAAUCUGUCCUCCCUACUCCCUACUUGUGACACAAAAAAGCCAGCCAGCCACCCACAGUUAGGUAUGGGCCUGGGUUAUCUGCUGACUCGUAGCCAGACGAAUACACUGGCUUGAACAUGGGCGAUUAUUGCACAUAAAUCACAAAGUAGUAACUUUAAAUUCGUUAAAGAUGAGUGAAAUGUCUCUCAAGACAUGAUUCUCUCAUGCGUGCAUGUUCUUUGUCGGCAAGCUCAUUUGAAAGCACUUCUCUAGAUAUGACCCUCAUAUUCUUCGCAUGUGCUUUAAGUCAUUAUAGAGAGAUGAAAGGCUACUAUGGGACAAUGAAAUAUCAGGCAAAACCCAGAAUUAUUGCCUGAGAAGUGUUUGCAACUUUGAAGUGACUCGAUUUUACUUGAUUUUGCUUUGCAAAUAACAUAAUUUAACAUAAAUUUUGAAGUGGCAAACGACGUUCUAGGCCAUCAAUGGCAUCAAUGCGGAUCAUUUCGCAGAAAAUGUUACCGCCAAAUGGACCUUUUGUGUUCAACAGUUAGUCGUAUCGAACAGUUCACGACUAGAGGAACCGUUUCUCUAGUCGUGAACUGUUCGAUGCGUUAUCUCAGUGCGUUGAACGCACUGAGAUAACGCAGGCGCAAUGCUAUCUAAUGUUUUCCCUCUAUGUGUGCUGACAAGGUGGAAUUCAAAAGGAUAUUUUUCGGACAAGGUCAUUAUCCUCCGAUAUACCACCCAACGGAAGUGAUUUUACAGUAUUUUUUAAGUUAUUGUUAGGGGUCUGAAACUGAAAUUAAGAACAGCAAUCGUAGGCUGCGUAGCAGAGGCUUUGAAAGUACUGGGAGCAAGAAAGAAAUGGGCGCGCGAGGGAGACACGCGAGGGGAGAGAGAGCGCCUGCCGGAGAGGCUCAUGAAAAUCGUUUUUACACACUUUCUGAGAGUGCGGAAAAUUACUUUUGGUUAAGUGUUCGCGUUAGGCGAGAGACCUGUCAGUCAUAGAAAACACGAAAUCCUUUAAAAACAUUUAGUACAAUAAAAGGUCUUAUUACACCACUAAAUGGUAUAAUCGAAGAUCAGAUCUUGGAAGUCACUAAAUCAGUUGGAUUAGGGGGCUGGGGCCCGGUUGCAUGAAACGUCCGUAACAACUACGGGUACACGUACGUGCACUCGUAACUUAAGUCAGGUGCAUGAAAUCACUUAAGUGGUCCACUUAGGGAAUACACUUAAGUGGUUGCACUUACGAUUUUCGUAAGUGUUCACUUAAGUGUCAUUUAUGCAACAGAAAUUGCGGGUGUUGCAUAGAACUUUUUUUACGGGAAAAAUAGCGCGUAAAUUUACGGGACCUAUGUAGGUCCCGUAUGGUUACUGUUUUUACUAAAUUUAACGAGAUCUUUUACUGAGAAGUGAAAAAAAGUAUUUUUCUUCACGUAGUUCGUUCUAAUGCGCUUUGUUAACCUCUGAUGUACACUUUUGUGAAGAAGAAGAAGAAGAAGAAGAAAAAUAACGUUUGCAUGCAAAUUUCAUUAUUUGAGAAGCUUAAAAGUGUUCGAAACGACUUUUAACUUUCUUUACACUGACCGAUGGUUAGCUUGAAAAAAAAGAGUGAAUCAUUACUUAAGUACUAUAUCAAGAUUACGUGUGCCCUUAAGUGAGCCCGUAAGUUACCACGUAAAACAGAAACUUACGAGAGUGCUAAGCGUGUUCCAUGCAACACCCGUAAGUGUAUCCAUAACGGAUUCGUAAGUGACCUACUUAAGAGCGGAUGUCAGUAAAUAUCGACCAAAGGUCUACAAAAGUGAAAAAUCGAAAAUUCGCAAAAAAAUUCACAAAGUAGCACUAGGUAAGCUAUUAACAUAAAUGUUAUUUUUACUUCGAUCCGAUAAUUAUUUUCCACGUACGGGGGAGUUAUUGGUUUCGCGGCUCUCGGACCGGGUUUUCCAGGCCCCAGACUAUGUGUCACAAAAAAAUCGUUUUAAAAUUCAAAUCCAUUGUAAUGCGGACAACAAAUAACUUAUUCAGAAGAGUACAUAAUUGCACACAUUCUAAGUGGUGGUUUACUCAGUUUGAACGAAAAUGUAAUAUUUUGGAGAUUUUUCAUUAUUUUCAAUAUUUUGAACGUUUUCGUUCAAUGAAAAAAUGGCAAAUUUCAAAGCCCCAAAUAGUCGACUGGUACCUCGAUUUCAGUAAGGAGGGUUAUACCACGUUAAAGAGCGUUAUCUCUUCUUUCAAAAUCUAUUUUCAAAACUAUGGGCAACUGAAAAGAAAAUUUUUGAGGCCAAAAGAUACAAGUAGUACUUUUCUGAAAUUUGAGCUUUUCAGACUCAGCGGGCCGAUGCUAAAAACUCAGAAAAAUGCAAUAAGAAAUCAGUUUGAGCAACAGUGGUUUAACGUUAUCACCUACCAGACACCAACACACGUGUUUAUCGAGCGAUCUGAUAAAAUUUAAAGCCGUUUUCCAACAAGAAAAGCAGAGUUUAGCCAUCUUCUGCUACCAAACGCACGGGUCACGUAAGGUUGUCAAAGAGCAAAGCACAAUAAUAAACUUCAAAAAGCACAACGUUUCUGCGUCCAGAAAUUAGACUUUAGCGGGCAGAACAAUGCCUACGAGUGUAUGUUUCAGACCUUAGCAUGGGUUUCCUAGAUACUGGAAAUAAAAAACAUCAAGGACAGCAUCGGCAAGGGCAUCUUCGGCUGCUCUCAAACGACGGAGAUUGCGUUACUUUUCACAGAUUGACCGCUUACCACCUGUUUUUGGGCUCGCAUUUCGACGGAACGCUUGCCUCGAGAGGCGCGCGGCACGGAUUUGAACUCUUCUUCACGAGACAUUGAACUGAAUUUAUCGGAAAUAUGCCACCACCACCAACAACACGAACUUUUUCCGGGUAUUUGUCGUUUUUUAUACGAAAAGUUCGAUCGGGUAAGCAGAUUCACGCAAAAACCAUUUGGCUUAGAAAAUGUGUUUAAAAGCCCACCCUGGAUUUGAAGUAAAGAGUAUUUCCUCGAAAUAAGCUAAAAAAUACCCAAUUCACGCGGUGAAAAAAUGGAUGAUUAUGGAAGGAUUAUCGAAUUCUUGCCUAACCUGAGGGAUUUCCCAAUUUCCCGUGAUGUAGGAUUAUGGGUAGGAAAAAAGCCCAUAACCUGCUCCUGUCGUUGUGAAUUUCCUCAAGAUCAAAAAUUUCAGUAAGAACCGAAAAAAAAAAAACAGCUUAAAGGAGGUGCACACACCUUGACCUAGCCAGGGAAAAGGGCUUCUGAUUAAGCUAAACAUUCAUUGAUGCACGGUGCAAUUAGUUAGACCUGUUACUAUCCCCCGCGCAACCACAGGAACAAGUCCAGCCAUUUGGGCCCGGGGGUGGGGAGUACUUUGAAGCAGUCCUGUCGGGGACUUUCGGGGGUAGGGGGCGGGGCAAAUCGAAAAUAACUUCUCUUUGUUUUUUUGAAGUACAUCAUUUCUAGCACGCUUGACAAGGUGACGGCGGACUCCGUAGCUGUGGAAAGGCCCUUUUGAAACAUGUCCCUGCAACAUGCAGGGCAUCACGAAAUUGACGUCAACACCUUGAAUCAACUCCAUGAACAGGGAGAGGCGAUAAGUCCCAUUUUAAAAGAUGCUUGAUGUCUAGCUUGAUGUCUAGACGUGAAUAAUCUGUCCGCAGUCAUUUUUCAUUUUGUAUAUCGGGACCAUUUGAUAGCGCACGAGUGAACCGGAGCGCAGUAACGAGCCCUAACCCCACCCCAUUGCCCUUGCGGUCAGUAAAUCAUCGCGUUUUUCACUUUUUUUUUAUGCGCGUUCGAGAACCUCCAAAGGGAAUAUUGAGGAUCUUUGUACAGUUUCAGUUUAUUUUACCGACAAAAAAGAACAAAACAAAGCAAAAGACAAGUAUACAGAAAUACGCAGAAGCAAUGUGGCGAGGAAGCCCAAAAAGAAACCAUAAGGCUUGGGUCAUCCCCUUUUCAUUCGUUUAGCGUCGAAUAGGUUUCCUUGUUUUGGGUUGGUCUGUCGGUGGGGUGAAAAAAAAUCACAAGAAAUCUGAGAACAGGAGGCCUGAAUCACCAGCAUCAUUGCCGUGGAGCCUGAAAACAACAAGACAUGGUCACCAAAUCGACACAAACUCAAUAUGGCGGAAAAUGUGACGGUCAAUUUCACAAAAAAAAAGGCGAUGUAGGCGAUGUAGAAAAAGUUGGGCGUACCUCCGGAAAAAUCCUGACUACGCACCUGCUAAAGCCUGAAACUGAACAACAGGAGUCUUGACGAAACGUCCUCAGUUAUCAUCUGUCCGGGGUCGUACUUUCAAGGAAGCGCUGAUCAAGAAUCACUCAUGACCAAGAGCCAUAAUAGGACAGAGAGGGACACUCAGGGCGUUGGCCGGGAUAUCUUAAUCCCAAAAAAGUUAUUUUUAGAACUAUGCGGACCAUGCGAAAACAGUUUCCGGUAAACUGAUUGACUUCCGGAAGACUCGCUUUCACGAUUUCAGCGCGCCAAAGCGAGGCGGCGUCAAGAAAUAAAAAAAUGGCGGCACAAGUGGAGGGACGAUGUGGGGCGCGUACUUCAUGGCUGAAUGCCAUAUACACGACAAGCCCACAAUGCCUUGCUAGUACCUGUAGUAGGUGAACGCUACGUUACAUGUAUAGGUACAUGUGGUGCCUGCAGUGCAUGAAGUAGCUGUAGUAACUGUAGUAGCUGUAGUAGCUGUAGUAACUGUAGUAACUGUAGUAGCUGUAGUAAGUGUAGUAGCUGUAGUAGCUGUAGUAGCUGUAGUAGCUGUAGUAGCUGUAGUAGGUGUAGUAGCUGUAGAAGGUGUAGUAGGUGUAGUAGGUGUAGUAGGUGUAGUAGGCGUAGUAGCUGUAGUAACUGUGGUAGCUGUAGAAGGUGUAGUAACUGUAGUAGCUGUAGUAGCUGUAGUAGGUGUAGUAGGCGUAGUAGCUGUAGUAGCUGUGGUAGCUGUAGAAGGUGUAGUAACUGUAGUAGCUGUAGUAGGUGUAGUAGCUGUAGUAGGCGUAGUAGCUGUAGUAUCUGUAGUAGCUGUAGUAGCUGUAGUAGCGUGUAGUAGGCGUAUUAGCUGUAGUAGCUGUAGUAGCUGUAGAAGGUGUAGUAACUGUAGUAGCUGUAGUAACUGUAGUAGCUGUAGUAGGUGUAGUAGCUGUAGUAUCUGUAGUAGCUGUAGUAGCUGUAGUAGCUGUAGUAGGUGUAGUAGCUGUAGUAGGUGUAGUAGCUGUAGUAGGUGUAGUAGCUGUAGUAGCUGUAGAAGGUGUAGUAGCUGUAGUAGCUGUAGUAGCUGUAGAAGGUGUAGUAACUGUAGUAGCUGUAGUAGGUGUAGUAGCUGUAGUAGGUGUAGUAGCUGUAGUAGCUGUAGUAAGUGUAGUAGCUGUAGUAUCUGUAGUAGCUGUAGUAGCUGUAGUAAGUGUAGUAGCUGUAGUAGCUGUAGUAGCUGUAGUAGCUGUAGUAAGUGUAGUAGCUGUAGUAGCUGUAGUAAGUGUAGUGGCUGUAGAAGCUGUAGUAGCUGUAGUUUGUGUAGUAACUAUAGUAGCUGUAGUAGCUGUAAGUAAUAAGUAAUAAAUUGCUUUAUUUGCAUGACCGCAUCAUUUUACAGUAUUGCAAAAGCAAUACUACACGCUACGUUACAUGUAUAGGUACAUGUGGUGCCUGCAGUGCAUGAAGUAGCUGUAGUAACUGUAGUAGCUGUAGUAGCUGUAGUAACUGUAGUAACUGUAGUAGCUGUAGUAAGUGUAGUAGCUGUAGUAGCUGUAGUAGCUGUAGUAGCUGUAGUAGCUGUAGUAGGUGUAGUAGGUGUAGUAGCUGUAGUAGCUGUAGUAGCUGUAGUAGGUGUAGUAGGUGUAGUAGCUGUAGUAGGUGUAGUAGGUGUAGUAGCUGUAGUAGGUGUAGUAGGUGUAGUAGCUGUAGUAGGUGUAGUAGGUGUAGUAACUGUAGUAGGUGUAGUAGGUGUAGUAGGUGUAGUAGGUGUAGUAGCCGUAGUUGGUGUAGUAUGUGUAGUAGGUGUAGUAGCAGUAGUUGGUGUAGUAGCUGUAGUAGGUGUAGUAGCUGUAGUAGCUGUAGUAGAUGUAGUAGCUGUAGUAUGUGUAGUAUCUGUAGUAGCUGUAGUAUCUGUAGUAGAUGUAGUAGCUGUAGUAGCUGUAGUAGGUGUAGUAGCUGUAGUAGCUGUAGUAGCUGUAGUAGGUGUAGUAACUGUAGUAGCUGUAGUAGCUGUAGUAGGUGUAGUAGGCGUAGUAGCUGUAGUAGCUGUAGUAGCUGUAGUAGGUGUAGUAGGCGUAGUAUCUGUAGUAGCUGUAGUAGGUUUAGUAGGCGUAGUAGCUGUAGUAUCUGUAGUAGCUGUAGUAGCUGUAGUAGGUGUAGUAGCUGUAGUAGCUGUAGUAGCUGUAGUAGGUGUAGUAACAAUUACAACAAUUACAACAACUCAGUCUAACAACGAAUCAAUGUGAUGGUACCAAAAAUCAAAAGAAAUCAACCUUUAAAAGCAUUUAACUUCACAUGAAGUUUAACGACUAUUAUAAGUGAAUAAGUUGGUAACGAAUUUCGUUGACUCAUGUAUGAACAAAGUCGUAAUCCAUUACUCCGGGAAACAUUGUCUUUGUCAAAUGUAGGUGAUGUAACAUAAGUUUAUUAGAAUACUAUUGGAAUAUAGCCUUAGCCUUGUUUUGUUAUAAAUUACUGUAGAUAUGCUUUCGCCACGCAAAAUAAUACGGAGGUCAUGCAGCUACUACACCUACUACACCUACUACAGCUACUACAGCUACUACACCUACUACAGCUACUACAGCUACUACAGCUACUACACCUACUACACCUACUACAGCUACUACACCUACUACACCUACUACACCUACUACAGCUACUACGAAAAGUCUCAAAUGAAAAGCACCGUGACCCCCUCAACUCCGAAGUGCGGGAAAGAUAUCACAAAACCUUGAAUGAUUACAAAAAGCUCCUAGGCACAAAGAAGAGAGGAUUCCACAAAGAAAAAACAUUACAACUCGACGAACUAGCUUUAAAUCCUGACAAGGCGUCAUUUUGGAAUUGUUUAAAUUCGAUGAGCGACACUUUCAACGAAAAUGUUCCUGCCCCAAUCUCGGAAGAAUCAUGGCUUCACCAUUUCAAAUCUCUGCAUUCUAUUGACCCGACGAAUUCCACGCAUGAACAUGAAAUCCAUAGGGAACUAAAUUCUUUAGAACACGAAAAGGAACAGUUUAACCAUCUCGAUUAUGAGAUAACUGAGAGGGAAAUACGUCAAGCGGCGAAGAAAUUGAAAAAUAAGAAAUCACCAUUUGUUGACAAAAUACGAAAUGAAAUGAUCAAAGCAAGCCUCGAACCACUAAUGCCUGUCUAUGUCAAACUUUUUAACCUCGUUUCACAAUCCGGAAAAAUGCCAGAUGUUUGGUGUCAAGGCCUCAUAACCCCAAUUUACAAAUCUGGUGACAAGAGUGAUCCAACAAAUUACAGAGGCAUAUGUGUUUCUAGUUGCCUUGGAAAACUGUUCUGUUCUAUUUUAAAUCGAAGACUUCACUUGUCUUUUGAGGAAAAUAAGAUAUUACAUAAUUCCCAAAUUGGCUUUUUGCCUGAAAACCGCACUGCAGACCAUGUUUUCACUCUAAGGACCCUAAUAGAUAAAUAUGUGCAUUAUCACAAGGAAAAAGUCUACGCUUGUUUCGUAGAUUUCCGCAAAGCGUUUGACUCUGUUUGGCACGAAGGAUUGUUUUAUAAGCUGCUAAAAACGAAUAUAGGAGGAAACUUGUACAACCUCAUGAAAGGUCUUUAUUGCAACUCGACAUGUUCCAUCAAAAUCGGUGAAAACAAAACACAGCCUUUUUCAUAUUCCAGAGGUGUACGUCAAGGCUGUGUGUUAAGCCCUCUUUUAUUUAACCUCUAUUUAAACAAUCUACCACUUUUAUUCGAAAACACCUUAUCUGACCCAUUUGUUCUCCCAAAUGGGAAAAAAAUAAAUUCACUUUUGUACGCAGAUGAUUUAGUUAUUCUAUCAAGAUCGAAAACUGGAUUACAGAACUGUUUAAAUGCGCUUUCUUUGUAUUGUGACAAAUGGAAGCUAAAAAUUAAUCCCAAGAAAACAAAAAUUAUGAUAUUCCAGAAACGCCCAAAAAAAUCUGUUGACAUCAAAUUCAACAUAGGCAGUGAAUCAAUUGAAAUUGUCCAAGAAUACACUUAUUUAGGUACACGUUUAACUCCAACGGGAAACUUUACACUUGCACUCGAACACUUAAAAGAAAAGGCCCUUCACGCGUUUUCUAGUAUUCGGAAGCGGACAAUUCUUAACAAACUUAAUCCUAAUACUGCAUCCCAAAUUUUUGACACCAUGGUAUUCCCAAUCUUGAGUUACAACAGCGAGGUAUGGGGAAUGUACACCAAGCAAGAUUUUAAAAAAUGGGAUAGCUCCCCAAUAGAAAAAAUCCACCUCAAAUUCUGUAAACGUUACUUAGAGGUUAACAAUAAGGCCUCUAACAUAGCCUGCAGAGCUGAACUUGAUAGACUGCCGCUGGUUAUCCCGAUAAAUCAGAAAAUUAUGAAAUAUUUUGUUUACCUCAACAACAAAGAUAAUGACUCUAUAGUCAAACAGUCUUUCCUUAUGUCAAAGAAUCUACAUUCUAUGAAUAAUUCCGGAUAUUUUUCCAAUUUCAUGAACAUGCUUGAACAAUACAAUCUAACCAGUUUAGAUGCUGAAUCUCUAGAUAAUGAUAAAAUUAGACGAUAUACCACAGAAAUGAGAGAGAAAUAUCUAUCUUUUUGGCGGCACAGCCUCGAAAAUUCAAAAAAACUAGAAUUUUAUAAAACUUUUAAAGAUGAAUAUUCUACAUCUGAUUAUCUCUACCAGCUAAGACAUUAUGACAAACGACAGUAUUUUGUUAAAUUUAAAAUAAGUAAUCACAAACUUAUGAUUGAACAUGGUCGAUACCAAAUCGAUCAUUUGCCAAGAGAAAAUAGAUUAUGUCCUUUAUGUAACUCAAAUCAGGUAGAAGAUGAGAUUCAUUUCAUCUUUCAAUGUAACAAAUACUCAGUACAGAGACAGGCAUUUAUUAAUCAAAUCAAUCGAAUAAUACCUGACUUUGACAAGAAAUCAUCUCCGGAAAGCAUAAAACUGAUAAUGAAUUCGAAGGAACAUCAUGUAAAUAAGUUAGUUAUGAAGUUUGUCUCCUCCUGCAUGAAAAUACGUGAUUCUUUGUUAGUAAUGUAACCGAAUUUUUCUAGAUUGUUAUUAGUGCUGUUUUGUUUUUUAUUUUGAUUGUCAUAUACAUGCUUUUGCAAUACUGUAAAGUGAUGCGGUCAUGCAAAUAAAGCAAUUUAUUACUAUUACUAUUACUACACCAACUACAGCUACUACAGCUACUACACCUACUACACCUACUACAGCUACUACACCAACUACAGCUACUACACCUACUACACCUACUACACCUACUACACCUACUACAGCUACUACAGCUACUACACCGACUACAGCUACUACACCUAAUACACCUACUACAGCUACUACAGCUACUACACCUACCACACCUACCACACCAACUACAGCUACUACACCUACUACACCUACUACACCUACUACAGCUACUAUAGCUACUACACCUACUACAGCUACUACAGCUACUACACCUACUACACCUACUACAGCUACUACACCUACUACACCUACUACACCUACUACAGCUACUACACCAACUACAGCUACUACAGCUACUACACCUACUACACCUACUACAGCUACUACACCAACUACAGCGACUACAGCUACUACAGCUACUACACCUACUACACCUACUACAGCUUCUACACCUACUACACCUACUACAGCUACAGCUACUACACCUACUACAGCUACUACACCUACUACACCUACUACACCUACUACAGCUACUACACCUACUACACCUACUACAGCUACUACACCAACUACAGCGACUACAGCUACUACAGAUACUACACCUACUACACCUACUACAGCUACUACACCUACUACACCUACUACAGCUUCUACAGCUACUACACCUACUACACCUACUACAGCUAUUACACCUACUACACCUACUACACCUACUACAGAUACUACACCUACUACACCUACUACAGCUACUACACCAACUACAGCUACUACAGACACUACGCUUACUACAACUACUACCAUGGCAAUUUUGCUGGGAAGUUGACUCACAUUUAAAAUUCAAAAACGCACUGCGCACGGAACCAAUCCAAAUUCUAAUUAGACAAUAUAUGGAGAGAAACACCGAAGAUGUGAAUAUCUCCUUAGAAAACGCUAUGAAAAUUCUAACUGAGAGCUCCAAGCUAUGCCUAAAAAUUAAAGCUAAGAAAACUUAUAAGCGUAUUAAGAAAUCAUCCAACAAGAAAUGGUUCGACUGUGAAUGUCGCUUAAAAAGGCAUGAAUUACGAAAAGUCUCAAAUGAAAAGCACCGUGACCCCCUCAACUCCGAAGUGCGGGAAAGAUAUCACAAAACCUUGAAUGAUUACAAAAAGCUCCUAGGCACAAAGAAGAGAGGAUUCCACAAAGAAAAAACAUUACAACUCGACGAACUAGCUUUAAAUCCUGACAAGGCGUCAUUUUGGAAUUGUUUAAAUUCGAUGAGCGACACUUUCAACGAAAAUGUUCCUGCCCCAAUCUCGGAAGAAUCAUGGCUUCACCAUUUCAAAUCUCUGCAUUCUAUUGACCCGACGAAUUCCACGCAUGAACAUGAAAAUCCAUAGGGAACUAAAUUCUUUAGAACACGAAAAGGAACGGUUUAACCAUCUCGAUUAUGAGAUAACUGAGAGGGAAAUACGUCAAGCGGCGAAGAAAUUGAAAAAUAAGAAAUCACCAUUUGUUGACAAAAUACGAAAUGAAAUGAUCAAAGCAAGCCUCGAACCACUAAUGCCUGUCUAUGUCAAACUUUUUAACCUCAUUUUACAAUCCGAAAAAUGCCAGAUGUUUGGUGUCAAGGCCUCAUAACCCCAAUUUACAAAUCUGGUGACAAGAGUGAUCCAACAAAUUACAGAGGCAUAUGUGUUUCUAGUUGCCUUGGAAAACUGUUCUGUUCUAUUUUAAAUCGAAGACUUCACUUGUAUUUUGAGGAAAAUAAGAUAUUACAUAAUUCCCAAAUUGGCUUUUUGCCUGAAAACCGCACUGCAGACCAUGUUUUCACUCUAAGGACCCUAAUAGAUAAAUAUGUGCAUUAUCACAAGGAAAAAAGUCUACGCUUGUUUCGUAGAUUUCCGCAAAGCGUUUGACUCUGUUUGGCACGAAGGAUUGUUUUAUAAGCUGCUAAAAACGAAUAUAGGAGGAAACUUGUACAACCUCAUGAAAAGUCUUUAUUGCAACUCGACAUGUUCCAUCAAAAUCGGUGAAAACAAAACACAACCUUUUUCAUAUUCCAGAGGUGUACGUCAAGGCUGUAUUUUAAGUCCUCUUUUAUUUAACCUCUACUUAAACAAUCUACCACUUUUAUUCGAAAACACCUUAUCUGACCCAUUUGUUCUCCCAAAUGGGAAAAAAAUAAAUUCACUUUUGUACGCAGAUGAUUUAGUUAUUCUAUCAAGAUCGAAAACUGGAUUACAGAACUGUUUAAAUGCGCUUUGUAUUGUGACAAAUGGAAGCUAAAAAUUAAUCCCAAGAAAACAAAAAUUAUGAUAUUCCAGAAACGCCCAAAAAAAAUCUAUUGACAUCAAAUUCAACAUAGGCAGUGAGUCAAUUGAAAUUGUCCAAGAAUACACUUAUUUAGGUACACGUUUAACUCCAACGGGAAACUUUACACUUGCACUCGAACACUUAAAAGAAAAGGCCCUUCACGCGUUUUCUAGUAUUCGGAAGCGGACAAUUCUUAACAAACUUAAUCCUAAUACUGCAUCCCAAAUUUUUGACACCAUGGUAUUCCCAAUCUUGAGUUACAACAGCGAGGUAUGGGGAAUGUACACCAAGCAAGAUUUUAAAAAAUGGGAUAGCUCCCCAAUAGAAAAAAUCCACCUCAAAUUCUGUAAACGUUACUUAGAGGUUAACAAUAAGGCCUCUAACAUAGCCUGCAGAGCUGAACUUGAUAGACUGCCGCUGCUUAUCCCGAUAAAUCAGAAAAUUAUGAAAUAUUUUGUUUACCUCAACAACAAAGAUAAUGACUCUAUAGUCAAACAGUCUUUCCUUAUGUCAAAGAAUCUACAUUCUAUGAAUAAUUCCGGAUAUUUUUCCAAUUUCAUAAACAUGCUUGAACAAUACAAUCUAACCAGUUUAGAUGCUGAAUCUCUAGAUAAUAAUAAAAUUAGACGAUAUACCACAGAAAUGAGAGAGAAAUAUCUAUCUUUUUGGCGGCACAGCCUCGAAAAUUCAAAAAAACUAGAAUUUUAUAAAACUUUUAAAGAUGAAUAUUCUACAUCUGAUUAUCUCUACCAGCUAAGACAUUAUGACGAACGACAGAAUUUUGUUAAAUUUAAAAUAAUUAAUCACAAACUUAUGAUUGAACAUGGUCGAUACCAAAUCGAUCAUUUGCCAAGAGAAAAUAGAUUAUGUCCUUUAUGUAACUCAAAUCAGGUAGAAGAUGAGAUUCAUUUCCUCUUUCAAUGUAACAAAUACUCAGUACAGAGACAGGCAUUUAUUAAUCAAAUCAAUCGAAUAAUACCUGACUUUGACAAGAAAUCAUCUCCGGAAAGCAUAAAACUGAUAAUGAAUUCGAAGGAACAUCAUGUAAAUAAGUUAGUUAUGAAGUUUGUCUCCUCCUGCAUGAAAAUACGUGAUUCAUUGUUAGUAAUGUAACCGAAUUUUUCUAGAUUGUUAUUAGUGCUGUUUUGUUUUUAUUUUGAUUGUCAUAUACAUGCUUUUGCAAUACUGUAAAGUGAUGCGGUCAUGCAAAUAAAGCAAUUUAUUACUACUAUUACUACUACAGCUACUACACCAACUACAGCGACUACAGCUACUACAGAUACUACACCUACUACACCUACUACAGCUACUACACCUACUACACCUACUACAGCUACAGCUACUACACCUACUACAGCUACUACACCUACUACAGAUACUACACCUACUACACCUACUACAGCUACUACACCAACUACAGCGACUACAGCUACUACAGAUACUACACCUACUACACCUACUACAGCUACUACACCAACUACAGCGACUACAGCUACUACAGAUACUACACCUACUACACCUACUACAGCUACUACAGCUACUACACCUACCACACCUACCACACCAACUACAGCUACUACACCUACUACACCUACUACACCUACUACAGCUACUACAGCUACUACACCUACUACAGCUACUACAGCUACUACACCUACUACACCUACAGCUACUACAGCUACUACCUACUACCUACUACACCUACUACAGCUACUACACCUACUACAGCUACUACAGCUACUACACCUACUACACCUACUACAGCUACUACACCAACUACAGCGACUACAGCUACUACAGAUACUACACCUACUACACCUACUACAGCUUCUACACCUACUACACCUACUACACCUACUACACCUACUACAGCUACUACACCAACUACAGCGACUACAGCUACUACAGAUACUACACCUACUACACCUACUACAGCUACUACACCUACUACACCUACUACAGCUUCUACAGCUACUACACCUACUACACCUACUACAGCUACUACACCUACUACACCUACUACACCUACUACAGAUACUACACCUACUACACCUACUACAGCUACUACACCAACUACAGCUACUACAGACACUACGCUUACUACAACUACUACAGCUACUACACCAACUACAGCGACUACAGCUACUACAGAUACUACACCUACUACACCUACUACAGCUACUACACCUACUACACCUACUACAGCUACAGCUACUACACCUACUACAGCUACUACACCUACUACACCUACUACAGAUACUACACCUACUACACCUACUACAGCUACUACACCAACUACAGCGACUACAGCUACUACAGAUACUACACCUACUACACCUACUACAGCUACUACACCAACUACAGCGACUACAGCUACUACAGAUACUACACCUACUACACCUACUACAGCUACUACACCUACUACACCUACUACAGCUUCUACAGCUACUACACCUACUACACCUACUACACCUACUACAGCUACUACACCUACUACACCUACUACACCUACUACAGAUACUACACCUACUACACCUACUACAGCUACUACACCAACUACAGCUACUACAGACACUACGCUUACUACAACUACUACAGCUACUACACCUACUACAGCUACUACAGCUACUACACCUACUACAGCUACUACACCUACUACACCUACUACAGCUACUACAGACACUACGCCUACUACACCUACUACAGCUACUACAGCUACUACAGCUACUACAGACACUACGCCUACUACACCUACUACAGCUACUACACCUACUACAGCUACCACAGAUACUGCACCUACUACAGCUACUACAGAUACUACGCCUACUACACCUACUACAGCUACUACACCUACUACAGCUACUACAGCUACUACACCUACUACAGCUACUACAGACACUACGCCUACUACACCUACUACAGCUACUACACCUACUACAGCUACUACAGCGACUACAGAUACUACACCUACUACAGCUACUACAGAUACUACAGCUACUACAGCUACUACAGCUACUACACCUACUACAGCUACUACAGAUACUGCACCUACUACAGCUACUACAGAUACUACGCCUACUUCACUUACUACAGCUACUACACCUACUACAGCUACUACAGCAACUACAGAUACUACACCUACUACAGCUACUACACCUACUACAGCUACUACAGCUACUACAGAUACUACACCUACUACAGCUACUACAGCUACUACAGCUACUACAGAUACUACACCUACUACAGCUACUACAGACACUACGCCUGCUACACCUACUACAGCCACUACACCUACUACAGCUACUACAGCUACUACAGUUACUACAGCUACUACACCAACUACAGCUACUACAGCUACUACACUUACUACAGCUACUACACCUACUACACCUACUACACAUAAUACAGCUACUGCAGCUACUAGAGCUAGUACACCUUCUACUCAUAGUACACGUACUGGCAGGGCAUUGCAGGUACUAGCAAGGCACUGUGGGCUUGUCGUGUAUAUGGCAUUCAGCCAUGAAGUACUUGCCCGAUGUGGAGUUGAUAAAUUGGUCUUCUUCAACAAAAAACCUACCAUGGAAACUGCUUUAAACUUCUACACAAAAGGGUCCUUUACAAGCAACGGUAGAAAUCGGUUAAAGCGACCGCGUGACCAUCGUUUUUGUUUGAACAGCUGGAAAGAGGACAAGUAGCAUUGCGGCCCGGAUAAGCCUUGAAGACAAAAUACGCGGGUCCUACAAAGACGACCGCACAAGCAACCAUGUGGACGUAUUUUCUAUUGAAAGAGGAAGGUAAAGAACGUAUAAAGGUUUCCAGUAUUUUUGUCACGGACAUGACCGGGAAUCUUGUGGAACACACCUUUUCCUUCUUGACUGAUAUUUUGUUCCGCACUUCACAUAUGGACAAUUAGCAAUUGUUUAUUGAACACGAGGUUAAUAGAAGCGGAGGUUAAUGUUCCUAAAUCACUGGCAAUCGGUAAACAAUAGGUUUGAUCUUUACAGAAUUUUCAAACAUUGCAAAUCAAAUCGGAAACAAUAGCCUAAUGGGUUAUAUGGAAUCGCCAGAAGUUUAAAUUGUACUACUUCAAUCCUAGGAAGAAAAGUAGAGCUUUGUUUUCAUCUGUCGACUCGCCAACUUAGAGGAAAAAAGUUUUUUGUGCAGCUAAUUUGUGCUGUUCUUUGUAAGUGCAGACAUGGUGGCCCGGUUGCUUGAGGUAAGGAGCCGUUUCUCUGUAGUUUUCUCUGUCCUGUUGAAUUGAAAUGUCGAGCUUUCGUUAAGAUUUGCUUUCAUUUUUUUUUCUCAUAAGUCAGUUGAAUUUGAUUUCAGGGGAAAAUUUGUCUUUAAAGGAAAUGUUGAGUUCACACACCCCUUCUACUCGAUUAAACUGUAAUUGUCAACAUUCCAUCGUGGAAAAAAAAUAUUGAAACUUUGAAGUCUUUUCAUACCUUCAAAAGAGUGGACCCUAGGAUUUUGCCGAAUUCUGAAAGGUUCUUACACUAAAAAAUUGGCAAAACAACGAGCUCACGAAUUAUUUACUCGCGAGACUAAAGCACUACAAAGAUCACUGAGUGUGUAUCCUGAAACCGAUUUUUGUUUGUAAAAACAUUAUUUGUGUAAGGUUAUUUGUGUUUUUCAUGUAGCAAACGGUGUUGAAAUAAAUACGACAGUAUGAUAAUCUCACCUGGAGUUUAUUUACUUUAUGUGGUUUUACCUAACCUCGUAUUUUCCUCAUACACCUGUAAUAAUUAACCUUUACAGAUCCUGCACCACAAUGUAUAGGUACGAUUUCCAUACAACCCAAACAUUCGUUAUGUGUGUUAAACAAUAUAAGCUUGCUGCAUGCAUAAUAAAUGUAGGGGUUCGGAUGCACAGGACCUUUUGAUGUUGUGUUUGCCACUUAUUGAUCCAGCAAGUUUUGCCUACUUUCGUAAGCACUCAUGGUGUUAGGUGUCGGCUGCUGAAUGUAGUCUUUUCUUUUUUUCUCUAUAGAAAGCACUAAAAAGUGUUAAGAAUAUAUACUACUGCAAUAAGUUCAAGCUGUGUAUAGCUUCUUGUUUAUAAUUAUGUCUUAUUUCUUGUACCUCCCCUCCUCUGUGAAAGCCUAAUUAACUCAUUUUCUACAGUGAAUGGUGUGCAGACCCCAUAUUAAACAGACACCCUGUAUUCAGCCGUUGAAUAGCUCAAAAUGUGGCAAAACGUUUCUUUCCAAAAUGUAAGAAAAACAAAUCUGUACUUAGUGGAUAUCUCUAAUAAACAGAAAGUAGCAAAGUUUGUGUGGAUGCCCGCCCAAUUCUAAUUACACAGGUUUUUUCUUUAUUUAUAACAACCUUUAAUGCAUAAAAAUAGAUGGUAAAAAGAAGGAUGAGUGAGGGUGUAAAGAGAGAAGAACCGAGUCCUUAUGCCAGGCUGGCUCCCUCCCUGAGGAUAUAAUAUAAAAUACAACAUGAAAACGUUUCAUAAAACUGGUACAUCAUUUAUGUUGUGUGGUUGUGUGUCUUUUAGACUGUGAGCAGUCUCUCUUCAGCUCGAAAAUCUGUAAGUGAGAUUAUUUGUGAGGGCGCAAAUUCGAAUACGCUGCUCAAAUACUCUUGCUUACAGAUUUUCAAGCAAACCAGAGACUGCUCGCAGUCUAUAUGUCUUUCAGUGUCUGCAAACUUUUCUGUUGUUUUCUGACAGGUUGAAUUGAAGGAACAAUAAUACUAGCAAUCAUGAAUUCUCUUUGAAGAUGUCUACAUGACCUUGCCACGGAAUUGAUAGUGGGGAAAAUAAUGUACAAGUCUGACAAACAGUGCAAGUUCUAUAUUUUGGGGCAAGGGAGCACUUAUUUAUUUAUUUAUUUAUUAUUUUUUAUACUUUUGUUAAACUAUGUGGCUGCCAAUGCAUUUGGGAUUUGAAAUUUGAGGAAUACUGGGAAGAGUGUGACUACCUGAGUGACACACAUGUUAUCAUACACACUACAUUAAUAUUAAUUUGUCUCCUUCUAGAUGCUUUCCUUGAAAUUGCCUGUUUCAAGCCAUGGCACGAAUAGAUACACUGAUUCAGUCACACACUAUGUUUUAUUGCUCCAGAAUGUCUCUCUCAAUGCAACCCAUGCAGGUGCAUAAAUUGAUGAACUCACCAAUGAAAGAAACUUGACCUAAUUAAGAGGUCAAGAUGUGACCAAAGGAAGUUCUUAUUGAUUUUUAUUUUAAUGUGAUACUACUAUUUUUAACUUAAAGCCUUCCUCAAUGAAGGUCAUAUGCUCAAAUACAGAUCAGCUUAACUGAUAAUAACAGCCUCAAUUUCCUGUGAUGUCUUAGUGGUUGCAUGAGGCCUAAUCAAUCAUAAUAUGCAGAUCAACAUGUGAGUUUAUUAGAUUAUUUAACCCAUUCGCUCCUGGAGAUUUUGCCGAAAAACGCGUUUUGAAGCUAGUCGAGUGGUUUUCUGGUCACUGUCGUGCUAUAAAGAGCUAAAACUUACCACAAACCGGUUUACAGGUCGUACACUUGGCGGCCUUCUGAUCCAGAUGCAAAAUAUCAGCUCGCGAAGUUCGGGCAUGCGCGGAAAGCAAAAUUUCGACAUUUUUCGCUUUCCCUCCUCCCUUCUUUUUUCGCUUUUCUUGCCUCAUUUUUUUUUCUCUUGCUGGGAAUUUAGUAGGCUUGAUUUUGGUGGGAAGAGUUUUUAGGAAAGCUUUUAGGAUCCUAGGAUUAGGUGAAAGGAAAGGUAGGUGGGUAAUGGAACAAUAUUUUCACGGAGAUUUUCAGGUCCUUGUCACGUGGUUUUUUGCUUCUUUCUCCGGUGUCCUUGACUGAAUUGUGCUCAUUCUGGUAUGGUUUGAAAGAUCUCUUCACUCUGCACAAGUUAGCGAAGAAAGUUGUCGUUGACCGUUAAAACUGAUGACGUCACAAAGGGUAGAAAGGACCUGGAUCCGCGGGCGGUUACGGGCGGUUCAGGGGCGAAUGGGUUAAAGGGAAAGAUUGGGGUGUCAUGGUGCAGGAUGCCUUAAAAGCAAAAGAUUACACAAACUUGCUCUGCCUGCAGACUCGUCUUUAAGAGCAUUAGAAUGCAACAUUAAUAUCAAUAAAGUCAACGUUUAAUCAUGUUGAAAUGCAAAAAGGUGCUCACUUUACUAUUGUCUGUACUAUACUUCUGAUUCGUUUAGGCAGCAAAAUCAAGAAAACUUUGCACCGCAGAAUGUAUUUGAAUCGCUAUAACAAAUUCUUAUGAGUCUGAAUAAAACAGGCAUGCCAGAAAUAAAAAAUUAAUGUAAAGUUUUCUUCAGUUGGCUAUUGUUUGCAGCUCUUAUGAUUGGUUGAAACCUUUUAACACAAAGAAAAUACCCCUUAAAAUGAGUAUGGAUACAUUUAUUUUUGAAAAAAAAUUUUUUUGUUUUUUCUGAAAAUAUGGUUAGAAACUUUUCAAACAUACUGAGCUAUUCAUCUGCCUAACAUAGGAUGUAACUUUUAAUAUGGGGUCUGCUUAAAUAUACAGAUUUUGCCGUUCACUAUAGAAAAUGAGUAAUUAGGUUUGUAUUUUUGUCUGUGUGGGAGGGGAGUAUAAAAAAUAAGACACAACUCAGUAAGAAGCUAUACACAGCUUGAACUUAUUGCAAUAGUUUUUAUUCUUAAUACUUUUGAGCACCUUCUAUAGCGAAAAAAAGAAAAGACUACAUUCAGCAGCCGACACCUAAAACCAUGAGUGCUUAAUUACUAAAAUAGGGAAAACUUGCUGGGUCAAUAAGUGGCAAACACAACAUCAAAAGGUCCUAUUACAUCCAUGAAUGCCUGAAGCUUGAAUUAUGCUGUGGUACGAUUUGCAUUCAAACCCCUACAUUUAUUAUACAUGAAGCAAGCUUAUAUUAUUUAACACACAUAACAAAUGUUUGGGGUUGUUCUUACCCACACAUUGUGGUGCAGGAUCUGUAAAGGUUAAUUAUUACAGGUGUAUGAGGAAAAUAUGAUGCUUGGUAAAACCACAUAAAGUAAAUAAUAAACUCCAGAUGAGAUUAUCAUACUGUCGUAUUUAUUUCAACACCGUUUGCAACAUGAAAAAACACAAAUUACCUUACACAAAUAAAGCUUUUACAAGCAAAAAUCGUUUUCAGGAUACACACUCGGUGAUCUUUGUAGUGUUUUAGCCUCGCGAGUAAAUAAUGCGUUAGCUCGGUGUUUUGCCAAUCUUUUUAGAGCAAGAACCUUUCAGAAUUCGGCAAAAUCCUAGUGUCCAUUUUUUUGAAGGUAAGAAAAGACUUCAAAGCAUUCAAAAGAGCGUUUUCCGAUUAACUUUACUGAGCAAUAUUUUUCGCUCGCUGGAAUGUUGACAAUUACAGUUUAAAAAUGGAAGAGGUGGUUUUGUAAACUCAACAUUUCCUUCAAAGGCGAAUUUUCCCCAGAAAUCAAAUUCAACUUAUGACCAAAAAAAAUAAAAGCAAAUCUUUACGAAAUUUCGAGAUCUCAAUGUCAAGAAAACUACAGAGAAAAGGCUCCUUACCUCGAGCAACCGGGCCACCAUUGUCUGCACUUACUAAAGAACAACACAAGCUGCACAAAAAACCUUUUUCCCUGACUUGGCGAGUCGAGAGAUGAAAACAAAGCUCUUCUUUUCUUCACAGACUGGGAAGCAGAAUUUAAAGUUCUGGCGAUUCCAUAUAAUCCAUUAGGCCAUUGUUUGCGAAAGGAUUUUUUAACUGCGAUUUGAUUUGCAAUGUUUGAAAAUUCUGUAAAGAUCAAACUUUUGCACAUACCGAUUUUCACACAUGAGUUGAUCCGUCAAAACCGUCAAUCAAAUUGAACUUAAAUGGUCUCCUUACUGAUUUUCAAUCUUGGUGAAUAGUGGCUUUAGGAAUAUUAACCUCGCCGCGAAUAUUCCGCUUCUAUUCACCUCGUGUUCAAGAAUAUUAAAGUGUUGUUAAUUGUCCAAUGUGAAGCACGUCACAAAAUAUCAGUCGAAGCAGGAAAAGGUGUUUUCCACUUAAUUCCUGGUCAUGUCCUUGAGAAAAAUACUAGAAACCUUUAUACGUUUUUUUCCUUCCUUUUUCAACAGAAAAUACGUCCACACGGUCGCUUGUACGGUCGUCUUUGUAGGACCCGCAUUUUGUGUCCAACGCUUAACGCUUAUCCGGGCCGCAUUGCUUUCCAACAAAAACGAUGGUCCACGCGGUCGCUUUAACUGUAUUUCUACCGUUUCUUGUAAAGGAUCCGUUUUUGUAGAAGUUUUAACCAAUUUCUAUGGUAGGUUCUUCUUUGAAGAAGGACAAUUUAUCAAGUACACACCCUCCACACCGUCCCUCCACUUAGGCAGCCAUUUUUUUCAUUUAUUGACACCGCCUCGCUUUGGCGCGAUGAAUCUUCCGGAAGUCAACCAGGUUACCGGAAACUGUUUCCGCAUGGUCCGCAUAGUUCUAAAAAUAACUUUUUUGGGAUUAAGAUAUCCCAAAGGCGUGACUGGGAGUGUCCCGCUCUGUCCUAUUAUGGCUCUUGCUCAUGACGGAAUGAGCUUCCAGCGAAAAAGGAGUGACAACAGUGGUAAGCGGUCGUUCUGUGAAAUGUAACGCAAUCUUUGCCGUUACGAUCUUUCGGCGCUUGGAUUUAAAACGUUGUUGUUUGGCAUGUUCUCCCCGUGUGGAUACUUGACAUUUCCAAUAUAUGGAAACACCAUGCUAAGGUACGAACAACAGACAUUCACAACAUUGUUUUGAAAGCUAAAAUCUGAUUUCAUGGACGUAAAACGUUUUGAAUUUUAAGACGUUUUAAUGUUAGUGCUUUGCCCUCCCUUUGACAACUUCACGUGACUGGUGCACUUGGCAGGAGUUGACAUUGACGGCAUUAAUUUAUAUCCGAUCGCAAUAUAAACACGUCUUGGUUUCUGAGAGCUGAUAACAUAAAACCACUGUUGCUCAAAUUGAUUUCUUAUUGUAUUUUUCCGAGUUUUUAGCAUCGGCCCGCCGAGUCUGGAAAGCUCAAAUUUCAGAAAAGUAUUACUUCUAUAUUUUGGCCUCAAAAAGUUUCUUUUAAGUUGCCCAUAGUUUUGAAAACAGAUUUUGAAAGAAGAGAUAACGCUCUUUAACGUGGUAUAAGACUCGUUACUGAAAUCGAGGUACCAGUCGACUAUUUGGGGCUUUGAAAUUUGCCAUUUUUUCAUUGAACGAAAACGUUCAAAAUAUUGAAAAUAAUGAAAAAUCUCCGAAAUGUAAAUCACCACUUAAAAUGUGUGCAAUUAUGUACUCUUCUGAAUAAGUUAUUUGUUGUCCUCAUUACAAUGGAUUUGAAUUUUAAAACGAUUUUUUUUGUGACACAUAGUCUGGGGCCUGGAAAACCCGGCCCGAGAGCCGCGAAACCACCAAGUGAUAAACAAACCAAUAACCCCCCCUUUACGUGGAAAAUAAUUAUCGGAUCGAAGUAAAAAUUACAUUUAUGUAAAUAGCUUACCUAGUGCUACUUUGCGAAUUUUCUUGUGAAUUUUCGAUUUUUCACUUUUGUAGACCUUUGGUCGAUUACUGACAUCCGCUCUUAAGUGAGCACUUCAGUGCGGGUUUUAUGCAACCGGGCCCUGUAAUCUCAAAGAAAAGUUGGAUUGUUUAAACGAUAUUCACAAAGGAACGAUUUGACAUCAAAUACCCAUCAGCAGAAGCGGUGACAGACAAAAGAUUUGUCGAAUCGUUGAAAUGAAGAUCAGAGGAAAACUUCUUUGCUCAAAAAGCACUUGGCGGCUUGCAUUGUCAAUGGCACGCAUGCCAUCAAGAACGUAUUAACUAGACAGGAUUGAUGAAGUGAAUCACGCCUUUCGCUAUUAAGAUUAUUCCCUCGAAUGCGACCUGACGACUGAUGUUAAUGUCUUCCUACUGUAGCCUAUAAAAAAAGUCUCGGUACAGUUUGCGUCCUGAACUUUAGGUCCGUUUAGUAAGACACUGUCUGCUCAAAAAUCGGCUGCUACUUUGCACAUUAAAACAAUGGUCAUUUUCCAUGUACGCUGUGAUCUUUGAUGACUCUGUACAGUUGUGAUAUCGCAAUCUCAGAGAAAAAAAAAAAUGAAUAUAUCCUUAUAUAUAUAUAUAUAUAUAUAUAUAUAUAUAUAUAUAUAUAUAUAUAUAUAUAUAUAUAUAUAUAUAUAUAUAUAUAUAUAUCUAGCCGGAUUUUUGAUAACGUUAUCGCCAAAUAGACCUUUUGCGUCCAACAGUUAUUUUUCGGCCAACAACUAUCUCCAAAGUAGCUAUUAUAAAAACUAAGAGUGCAACCACUGCUUUUUUUUCUUCUCCUCCUUUCCUCCUCCUCACUCUUUCCUUUUUCCUUUCCUUUUUCUUCGUUACUAUGAUUUUGGAGCUUCUCGGGCUCACGAAACUUGCCUUUGACACUUUUUUACACAAAUGACUGCAAAUUUCGUGAGGUUGGUUUUCAAAAAAUCGGCUAGAUAUAUAUUAAAUAAAUUCUUUAAAUAUAUCCAGUUUUUACUCUGUUUUUUUUUUUUUUGUCUUUAUCUAGCCUUUGGUUUAAAACGAGUUAUUGCUGUGUGUUUGUCGUCGGUUUAUUGCUCCAUCACUCUAUAAUAAGAUCACGUAGCUGAUCGUUUUAUCAGAUAUUUAGACUGAGGAUAUAAAAAUACAACGCACUUUUACACGGUUUUUUUUUGGACGAGGUCGAUCAGGAUCGUUUUCUGUCAGAAUGUUUGACAGAUCACGCAGCGGCCGCUAGCUGGAAACGAUUUUCAUGGGCCUCUAGGGCCGGCGCUCCCUCUCCCCUCGCGUGUCUCCUUUGCGCGCCCCGUUCUUUCUUGCACCCAUUUCUUCCAAGUGCCUGCUACGCAGGCUAAGCAAUCUCAGCAUUGAUUAAAAGGUAUAGGGUUUCACAUGAAAAACGUCUGUUUGGAAUUGUAUGUUUACAGAUACUUAUUGGUAACCGCAAUAGCAGAGCCUUGGAAAAGAACUACUUCAAUCCAGUAAUCAGGACACGAUCAAUUCGGAUAUACCCAAAAGAUCCAUUUGUAGGUUUGGUGGAUUCAUCUUUUCCUUUUGUUCCUUGUCUCCGAUUGGAGCUGUAUGGAUGCUUUGCUCCGAGUAAGUAACAAUAUCGAAACCUUGCUUUUCGAUAUUUUAUUUUAUUCCUCGCGAAGCAAGGGCCCUGCGAAGGGUUAUAAUUGUGUCGAAAUUCGCAUCUCGUAUGGAAGGUGCGUGGAUUGCAAAGCGAGAUGGAGACACUAGACAGUAGUCGGUUUUAUAGGCCAAUUUACAUUGGGGCUCUCAAGUGCACUUAAAGUGCACUUGAUGCGUACUUUUAGGGCCUGUCUACAUGGAAAUGGGGGACCCCAGGUAGGUGGGGUCACCCGCCUGUCCAUAUAGUCUCUCGUUUUAAUUUCAUUACGCUUACAUAAUCAGUAGGGUGACUCGCCAAGGCGGGUAGUUCGGUCUGCCACACCUGGUAACCCUCUUAACCGGGGUCGAAUUUUUGCCAUGUAAACGUUUCACGGUGGGGUAACCCGCCUAGCCGGGGUCGGAUUCGUGAUACAUCAAAUUCACGCAAAAUUCACUUUAGAGGUGACUAGCUAACUAUAGAAAGCCACAGCACUGAAGGUUGCAGCAAGGGCAGCAAGUGAGAGUAGAAGAGCAUUAAUCACUAAAAAAUGCCAGCAUUUUUCUUGUUUACGUGCUUAUCGAUCAUUCAAUAAUCUUGAGAAAGUGCACCACGGGAUGGUGGGGUUGUAAGAUUGCAUGUAAAUCAGGGUUAUUUUUACCCCACCUAGGCGGGUUACCUCACCUACCGUGGGGUCCCCAACUCCACGUAAACAGGGCCCGGUUGCACAAAACUUGCACUUAAGUGCCCACUCAAGUAGGUCACUUAAGAAUCCGUUAUGGGUACACUUUUAAACGGGUGUUGCAUGGAACACACUUAGCACUCUCGUAAGUUUCUGUUUUACGUGGUAACUUACGGGCUCACUUAAGGGCACACGUAACUUUGUUAUAGUACUUUUAAUUAUUAAUUUGACUCACUCUAUUUUUUUAAAUUAAGUUAACCAUCGGUGAGUGUAAAGAAAGUGUCAAGUCGCUUCGAACACCCUUUUAAGCCUCUCAUUUAAAUAAAGUUUACAUGAAACCGUUAUUUUACUUCAAUAUCCACUGGAAAUGUUUGUUGUUCUUCUUUUUUCUUAACGACGGCUUUAAAUUGUACAUCAGAGGUUAACAAAGCGCAUUAGAACGGAAUUACGUAAAGAAAAAACAAUUUUUUUUCACUUUUCGGUAAAAGAUCUCGUUAACUUUAGUAAAAACAGUAAGGAUAUGGGACCUACAUAGGUCCCGUAAAUUUAAGUGCUAAUUUUCCCGUAAAAAAGGUUUUAUGCAACACCCGCAAUUUCUGUUGCAUAAAUGGCACUUAAGUGGAUACUUACGAAAAUCGUAAGUGCAGCCACUUAAGUGAAACCCCUAAGUGGACCACGUAAAUGAUUUAAUGCAACUCACUUAAGUUACGAGUACACGUACGUAUACCCGUAACUGUUACGGGCGUUUUAUGCAACCGGGCCCAGGCCCUUGGUGUGAACUCCUUCCUGAAGGAGUCUGAAUUACGUUUUAAUAGGAGCACUCAUCUAAUUCAUUUACACUUUCAAAAUCUCUUUAUAAAAUGUAUCAAAGAGGUAAAAAUUAAUGUAAGCUGAGUGUAAUUGAAAACAUUCAUAAUUUUCAGUGGUUCGUUUUCUAUAAGCGCCAAGUUUUAACUUUUUGUCCAAAACUUCUUUUUGAAUGGCGCGUGAUGAAGGUUUGUGGUGAAUAAUCCAAGUGUAGCUCUCAUACUUAAAGUGUCAGUUUUAAUGACCCCACUUUUUAAAUUCUUUGUUGACCUGGUGAUAAACGUAAAACAAAAGAAUUCAAAUUUAGGGCCUGUUUACAUGAAGGAGGUGGAAUCCCUGGUAGGAGAGGUAACCCGUGGCGGUUCAACCCCACCUAUCAUGUAAACGUGAUCAAAUUAAAAUGAGAGAUUAUAUGGACAGGCGAGUUACCACACCUAAGCAGAUUACCUCACCACCUGGGGUCCCCCACCUCCAUGUAAACAGGCCCUAACGGCGUGUCACAGCAAUAUUGGGCACACUAGUAUUGAGGUGGCGAAGAAUUUUCACAUUUUCACGUGAAGUUUAACUUCAGGACAAGUUGCAGACACAAACAACGUCAACCUUGUGGAAUCAAUGAUUUAUCGUAUUUCUGUACGGCGCCAAAAGAUAUAAUCUCGGCAGAAAAUAAUAAUAACAGAUGAAAAAGUAGUUGAAACAAUAAUUUAGAAACCUUUUGACUUUUCAUAACAAAAACCACUUUUCAUGUUUUAGGUGCGCGCAGUCUUGCCCGAAAAUCUAUUGAAUAGACCAUUUUUGAUAUAUUGAAAAUUCAUACUUGGCUCGGAGGCUUGGGAAAAUAAAAUUUAGAAAGAAAUUUUUCAUUGCCGAGUCUCAAGAUGAUUCUUUUGUUUUAUUCCCCCAAGCCUAGCAGCGUGGUACGAAUUUUAAUAUAUCAAAAUUGGUCUAUUCUCCUUCCAAGUAGAUCUCUACUUGACUUCAGCUGCACUUCAAGUGCAUUUUGGUCCCUAGUGUGAACCGGCCUUCUAUGUAUAUCCAGGCUGGUACUCGCAUUAACGUCACCAAUAAAUUGUGACGUCGAGGCGCACUUGAUCCGUUGUUUACACUGUUUUUGCACCCUUUUUCGUGAUUGAAAAAUGGUUCUGGCGAGAACGUUUGACUGCAGAAUUGUUUUACAGAAAACAUUGAAGCAAUUCGGGUCGUCCUGCACCUUUCUAAAGUGGCUCUCUGAUUGGCCAGCUCGCGAGAACAAUAGGAUUUUUUUUAUAGAGAAAUUAUCAUGUAUGCAUUAGUUAGUAUUUCACAUCACUUACGAUGAGACUCUAUUUCAUAGUUUUGUACAGCCAAGGAUAUUUUGAUGCUUUGUGCGUAUCGUCAAUGUCAUCAGAACAGGUUUUGUGUGCCUUGAUGUAUGAAGUAAGCAUUGAGAAAAUCGUGUCCUCGUAGUAGGCUGUGCCCGUUGUACAGAUUGUACAGAGUGUACCGACUGUACCGAGAAAGGUGGCUUUAGCCCUACGAUGAUCUGGCUACUUACAAACAUCGUUACGGUAUAAAUUUUCUGCAUCAUAAUGGUAUUUGUUUUAAAAACAAAAUAAACUUUUUAUUUAAAAAAAAAAAAAAAAAAAAUGAAAUAGGCACGUUAGAAUUAAUACAAUGGCACUUGCUAAAAUUUAAGUUAAUGGGGUUUUCCUUGCGUUUUAGCCAAGUCACUUAAUUACUGCCAGAGGAAACUAUUUUAAAAGAGUUCGGAAAACUUAGGAAAAAUAAUUAGAAACUGCUUUUAGAACAAGCAGAAUCAUUCAUCUCUGGAUUUUUUAAAAUUUACAUUCGACAACCGGGGGUCGUGGAAUUGCGUUGAAGUUUCUAAUACGGCAAUAGCCUGCGAGCAAGCUCUUCAUUUGAGGGAGUCGCGAAAAGUCACGCGAGAGCAGCACGCCAAAGGAAACGCGAGUGCGAUGGGUGCCAUACAUGAAGAGCUUGCUAAGAGGCUAAUACCGCGACGUCGCUUCUGCUAUUCCACGUCGCCAUCGCCAUCGCCAGUAAACGUGGGAAAAGUGAGAUUAGUAAUCCUUCUCUAAUAUGCAGUAUUUUUUGCCUGUUCUUUACAGUGCCAACAACGCCUACACCAGUACCAACGACGCCAGGUAAAUCAUGCAUGGUUAUGUUAAUUUGGCUAGUCUGGUAUUCUAUCUCAUGUUGUGCUGUAGGCUCAUUUCGCGCCCGUGGGCCGUGCAUGGUCCGUGGUCCAUGUUAAAGUGUGAAUUUACUUGCUGUUAGCGUUCGCAAGUUUACUUGUAAUCUGCUUUAAUUCAAACAGAAUUGUGCCGAAUUCCAAUGGACAUCACCUUUAUCAUCGACUCGUCUUUUUGUGAAAGCGACAGCAAGUGGCAACGCUUGCUUAACUUUGUGCGAACGUUGGUCAGUUACUUUAAUGUGUCACCAUCAGGAGGUCGUAUUGCUCUGAUUCCAUACGGCUCGGAUGCCAAAGUGUCUCUAAGGUUCGAUACAUUAACUGGAAACCUUCUCAACGGAGAGGAAGUCAAUAGGAUAGUGGGCAACCUAGAGUGUCAGGGGGGAUCCAGACGAAUCGAUAAAGCCUUGGAAUUAGCAGACAAAGAAGUUUUAAUCCCAUCUGCUGGAAUGAGAGAUGUAUCACGGGUAAGGAAUAUUUACUGAGUUAUUACACGGUUAAACUGGCAUUUGUAGCUUUUCUCUCUAGAUUAACUUGGUUGACAAGUUUUGAUAAUCAAACAUGGGGAUUCGAAGGAAACGGCCUGUCUAUUCGGAGGGGGCUUUUUGACCGGAACUUGUUGAUGUUUGCAAGUCCGUUACUAGAAAUAAAUAGUUAAAAUACCCUGAAAAAAGAAACUUUGUAGCUCACACUGAACAAUACCGUACAGUGCGUGUUUAUCGACUGAAAAAGUGUGUUUUUGAUUUGUUUCCUUCCAGCCUGUUUUGGUGAUCACGACUGGAAAACAAACAACAGACCAAGGAGUGUACACGCCUCUUGAUAUAGCGUCUUCUCGUCUUCAAGACAAAGGAGCAGCCGUUUUUGUCCUUGGUAUAGGGAAAGACGUUGACCCUUCGGAACUUAAGCAAAUUGCCUCUGGACCAAAUAAUGUCUUUACAGUGGGAUCAGUCGAGGACUUGGAUACCAAAGCUAACGAGGCCAAGAAAGGCAUAUGUGUCUUAGGUACUGAAUCUCCCGUAUUGAUUCUCCACAUUGUCUCCCUAUUCUACAUAAUUACGUCAAUGCUACAAAAUUAAAGACUUUUAAGCGGGAUCUCACUUUGUUUCUGUUUUGUAGCGCUUCCAACACCAACCUUAACAGUGGGACCAACAACUCCACGUAAGUGAUUUCCAUGGUGUAUAAGUUUUGUCUGCACUUUGUACAUGCCGCAUCUUCUGAAAGGGUGGUUUGCAGUUGUUGUGGAGGUAGCGCUGUAAUCUUCUUAGAUUGUUAGACGUAAAAGAAAAUCUUCAACUAGCGCAAGGGCUCUACAGAAUGCCGCUUGGCUGUAGGCCUUGAAAUGCACGAAAAACAUGCACCGUACCUCGAGUCUAAUCACAUUUCUUCGUCUUUUCUGUUUCAAAAGAAAUCUGCCCAAUCGCUAUGGAUACGACUUUCGUUAUUGACUCGUCUCUGUGUGAUAUUGAGAGCAAUUGGAAUCGCUUGCUGUACUUUGUGCAAACUUUGGUCAACUAUUUCAACGUGUCACCGUCAGGAGGUCGUGUUGCGUUUGUUCCUUACGGCACUAAUGCCAGUGUAGUUCUGAAGUUUAACACAUUAACGGGAAAUAAUCUUAAUGGAGCAGAAGUCAAGAAACGACUUGAUGGCUUAAGAUGCCAGGGUAAUUUUAGACGAAUCGACAAAGCAUUGGAUCUUGUAGACAAGGAGGUGCUUACACCCGCUGGUGGACUGAGAGACCUUUCAAGGGUAAGUUGGAGAAGUAAGAAUAACCGCGCAAAUUGGCCAAUAACACGCUAGGCACCUAGUUGAUCAAAAGAUUGACUUUUUGUUUUACUAUUGUUUGUCUGCAGGUCGUAUUUGUGAUCACGACUGGAAAGCAAACAGCAGACCAGGGCGUAUACCUACCUCUGGAGAUAGCCUCCUCUCGCCUUCAGAGUAAAGGAGCGGCCGUGUUUGUGCUGGGUAUAGGAGAGGACGUGGACGCAUCAGAACUGCACGAAAUUGCUUCUAGCCCUAACAACGUUUUUAGAGUGGAUUCGUUCGAGGAUUUGGACGACAGAGUACCAACGAUAAGAAGAGGAAUAUGCAAAUUAGGUAAAAUCAUCCCUCAGCUAUCCUUUUCCUUGUCACGAGAUUGUUAUUUACGAAAAAGGCUCGAGGGAUUAACAGAGAGUCUUCCUUAGUGCGUUUGGAAAUAAAAAGGGUUUUCAAUGCUUUGGAUAAGAGUGAAAUUGUUUUGUUGUUGUUGUUGUUGUUGUUGUUGUUGCUGUUGUUUUCAGUUUCAACCUUGUCAAUCAACACCAUCACCAACACCAGUACAAACACCCGCACGUACGUAAAGAUUAUUUUGAAAAACGCUUAUACGGACUGGCCGAAUUGAAAUGUAGUAGCAUUGUGCUUUCUGAACAGUAAAAUAAUGGCAAAUAUUAAUAAACGAACACUACUGUCUGAGUUCACUAAAGCUUGAUAUCGAUUCCACAUCUUACGUCGUCGUAUUUGAUUGGAGUAGGAGUUAUUAAUAGUAAAGUAUCGUUAGGAUAAGGUUUGGCUCAACAAGGAUACAGCCGAUUGUGCUGAUAGUUUUAUUAGGUCAUCGUUCGGUAAACCACCUACAUUGUAGAUUGCAUAAGCGGGAUACUGUCAAAGCAAAGCGGGCAAUUAAUACUCCUAAUUUAAAAAUGCUGAUCACAGAGUUGCAUGGCUGGCCAUUCACGGUAGAUCAGCUAGCGUGGUACAUUCAUGAAAUGCGUGUAAGAUGCACUGCAAAAAAAAAACUGGCAUGGUACAUCGCAAAAGUGUUCGUACUCUUGCUUGUAAUGCAUGAAUUUUAAGAAUGGCUGUACUGUUGGUUUGCAACCGCGUUUCAACGUGGCCAUGUUGUUCGACGAAAGAAUACAGACCUUUUUGGCAGAUAAUUAGAUGAAGACGGAAUUGAGCACCCAGUAGAGAGAAACUCUUUUGUUGUGGGCGGCCAACUUGGCCGCCGUGAAGUCAAUAUAUUUGUGGGGGAGAGAUCCUCUACGAUAAGAGUUUCCAAAGAGCUGGGCGGAGAUGUCGUUGUUACUAUAACUAAGGUGGAUGAUGCAAUCCCCUAGAGAGGCCGUUCCCGAUGUCUGUACCUUAUAAUUAUAAAGUUCUUGUUAUUCAUUAUCUGUAACUCAGUCUUAUAUUUUAAUUCUGAGUUUACUUUAAGAUGACUUUUUUAAAAGUCCUCUACGCGCGCAUAGCAGGGCGAGGGGGUAAGAGCAAAAUCUUGGCAGGUAUAUUCUACCUUUUAGUUUGAUUAGAUAUACCUAAUUGCAAUAACGUUGUCAUAGAAAAAAGCAAAAAGCAAAAAGCCAAAUAGGAAUUGAUUAGCCAUGUGAUUUACAUUUGCAUAUUUUAAUAAUUUAACUAUUAUUUAAGAAGUCAUUCACAAUAACGAGAGAUAAUUCUGUAAUUCCGUGCUCUAAGAUAGACGCCAUUGUCAUUUUAGAGCCAACAUUCUCCAUCAACAGAAGUCGCACACUUCGAAAUUCGCUAGAUGAAUCAGCCUCGAAUUGCGUUAGAAUGACACCAAGAAAAUGAUGCAAAUGAUUUCUCUCAUAUUAUUCAGCUGUAAGCGUGUGUGUUGUGAAUAUUGCAAGCUAUGAUAAUUACAUGCUAAUUAAUUCCUAUUUAACUUUUUGCUUUUUUCUAUGACAACCUUAUUGCAAUUAGGUGUAUUUUUUUCAAAUAGAUGUUUAACCCAUAUUCUUAUGCUAAUGAUCCUUUUUUCUUCUAUUGUCGCGCAGGCGGUGCCAACUUCCUCUACACCGACGCCAACAACAACUCCUAGAGUGGGACGUAAGUGUAUCUUGUAUAGUAAUGGUUGUCGUGAUACACUUUCCCGAACAGCGUUUUGUUGUGGAUGGAAACAACCAGAAACGAAAAGAGAAAAAAAAAAUGUUAAUUGGCAUUUUGACGAGUUCGGGUAGACGAGAGUUCUUUCUAGACUCAUUAACUUUUCUGGAUUUCUCACUACAUUAAGGUUAUUCGGCGCAGUCUUUUAAACACAUCAGUUAACCAGUCAACAUUCAUUUGGAUGCAAAGUAUUUCUUCAGAUAUUCAAAAUCUCCUGUUGACACGUGAUUAAAUUGGGAUCUUUUUUAUUAACUCAUCUGCGUGUAAACGGCAAAGCAAAUCCGUUACCAAAUGCCGCCCCGGAUUCGUCAUGAACCAGGAAAAUUUCCCAGUAGUGCAAAUGAAGCCUUUAUGUAAUUAUUGUCAAAUGCGAAGGAAAUUAACAUGCGGAUAUACACCUAUUUCAAUAAAGGUUGCUUCGAUGAAGAAUGACGCAUGAUCCAUGUUUCAUAGCCCGCGGUGCAUUAUUGUAGCCUAGAAACCUAGAAAACAAACGCUACUGACGCUUCAAAGCUAUGUCAGCAGAACGUUACGACAAUGUAUUUCAAAACACUGAAUCCUAGGCUUUUUAGGACAGCGAUUUGAGUUAAGGUUUUGCUCUGUGGUAAUAUGCAAAUGUUGCAAAUGUUCAACGAGUUUGCUUGGCUCGUGCACGUAGGAAUUUCGGGGGGCGUUAAAGAAAACAAAUUCAAGGCGUUUGUAGAACAACAAUAAAUAACUUAAAAUUACGCGUUUAUUUAUUUUUGAGGCGAUUUUCUUUAAACUGAAUAAAAAAAAGAAUGAAUGAUUUGCUUUAUCGAAAUAACCAGCAUUCUACAGUUGUUAAGGAAGAGGCUUCUAAUUUCCUUACUGUGAGAUUUAAAAAAUGAAAUUCUUUAGCUCGCUCAUGCUUAAGAGUUUUGGCAGCCAUUUGAGUUGAAAGCUCUCUUGAACGCCUUCUCACAAAUGGUCUCCAUUAUUUCAAUGACAGUGAACAAGACUGAGCUUUCCGCUGCAAAAGGGUUUCCCAUAGUGCACUGUAGGCCAUGAAACAUGGUUCACGGGAGCAACGUUAAUUGAAAUAGGUGUAUACACGGAGAGGACCUGUGAAAAAACACUGGUCAAUAAGAUUCAAUCGUCAAAACGUUAGUGUCGGUCGCAAGCUUCCCUAGGCAUUUCUUAAGACUUUUUAAGUUUUGAUGAAAUUUCUUAAACUUUGUUGGUCAAUUUACUUUACAUGUAACCCGAGAUCAGAUCCAAUUUUAGCGGCUCUCAUACAUUCUCUCUAACGGCUACCAGUAAAAUUGGGCCUGAUACAAACUCUCUCAUGUUUGUGCUCACUGCGCUCAGAUUUUGGCCGUAAUGCUGAUUGGCUGUUGGAACAAUGCCUCAGGAUCUGAUUGGCUGUUGAAAUCGACGCAAGUUGAAAGCGCUUAUUCCUCACGUGGUUGUUUUCGUGAAUGAUCCGCCGUGGGCUGUGAGAAAGGUCCAGUUUGCUGUCUUCUUUUAUUGUUUUAUGGUCUCAUUGUAGGAAAAUAUGCCUUAAUACCUUAAUAUGUGCCAUGAAAAUUCAGAAAAUUCUUAUGGUUGUUCAUAUCUUCUCAGGAUUUGCUUUAUUUACGGAACUAAUGUGAGUGCAUCGCGGAGUUGGAUCCCUCUGCAAGUCGUUGACCGCUAAUAAGGUGCCUUUUUUAACAAACGAGUGCAAAUCAAAAUACUGUCCAUCUUAAAAGUGGUUUCAUUUGAAAGUUUAGCCGGGAAUGACUUUUCUGAACCGGGUACGGGAGCAAAGGCUCAUUGCGAAAGAAACCUUAAUCGCCAACUGUGAAGUAUUAGACGAAAAAGAUCGCAGCGCUGUUCAAGGAAUUUUUGUAGGCAUUAAUAUAAAAGCUGGUGGCGCUAGUGUUAAGGUAACAGACUUGUUGUUUGCCUUCUAUUUUUGUAAAAAAUAUACCAGGAAAACUCAUGGUGUCCUCGCUCGUUUUCGAUUAAUAAAUUUAGCGAGCUACGUUUUUAAACCUGCAGUUAAACAACUACACAACUAAGGAGACUGACUACAAUGUGUGUUUUCAAUAUUGUUUUUCCUUUUGUUUAUAGGUCAGUUGAGCAAGCAGUUUUAGAAGUGUCGUUUCGUUUUCCCAAAGUGGCAGAUAAUGUUUACCUGGAUUUACAAAAACAUAUAUUUUUUAGACGUCUGUUUCUCUAGUAAAUUCGCAAAUUGUAAGUGUACGCACGAGACCAGUUGACGGAACUAAAUCAGUUAUGCACUUGAGAACUCGUUUGGUUUCUUCUGAGAUUAUUUAUAUAUCCUUUGAAAAAGUUCGCGAUAUAUUUCUCCAAGAUUUUUAAAGAUUUAUGUACUGAAACUCGGGGAAAAUUGCCGAGGAAAAUAUUAAGGCAACAGACAAAUAGAUAUUUCAGUAUUUUAAAUUCGAGCGCGCCUAGCCAAAAUAUUGAAACUAGAACAUCGUGUCGCCGUCUUUUCGAAAACUUUUUACCUUCUACGCAAACAGAAAUAACCUUCGAGAUCUCCUUUAAUCUCGCAAGAAGUUAAGCAUGACUGUGCUGACCGUUUUAUUUUAAGUUGAAAAAAUUAAAAGAUAAAAGUUAUUUUUUACGUCAGCGAGUCUGCAUUUUUCCCACGUAUGGAAAAUUUGCAUACUAAAAAACAAGCAACGGAAGUAAUUUUGGUUGGCUGAUUCGGCAAAUGUCAAUCAAUCAAAAAGGUGGGCGGAAGACGUUUCGUAGAAGGUUUGUAUCAGACUCUCUUUUCGUUUCGCCUUGCCCGCCGGAAUGUAAUUUUCAAAGCGAAACAAAAAUAGAGCCUGAUCUCAGGUUACUUUACAUGUAUGUGUCAUACUUGCUUUUCUUUAUCUUUAUGUUCAAUUUUUUUGGCAUUUUCCAAUAUUGACAUGCAGUCAUACGUCAUGUUACGUUUUAAUCAUGGUUAUUUUGCUUUUAAGACGUUUCGUUAGUCACUCUUUAUGAGAGAGUAUCGUUUUAGGGACAAAAAAGUCAAGGGAGGCUGUGUGACCGGGCGGUUAGAACGCCGGACUUGUAAUCGGGAGGCCCGUUGUUCAAGUCGGUGGCUGGAUUUGUUCUCGGUAGUCCCCAGUUCAAAUCCUCUGCCGCACUUGUAAAAUAGGCAGUUGGUUCGCCUCCUACCAGUUGGGAUUCUCACUUUGUUAUGUUUCAUGUGAAUUAUUUGUUUCAUUAUCCCUGAAAAGCUCCAAAAGGAGAGAGGAUAAUUAAGUAUUUAUUCAAUUUUUAUUUCAACCUAAUUGUGCUUGCUUGUUGUGUAUUCUUGAUUAGCAACCACGUGACAUGGAGGCCAUGUUAGUGGUCAAUGUAAUAGAAAUCAUUUCAAAGAAUUUACAUGAAAAUGGAGUUUAGCUCCCAGAGGAUAAAAAUUAUUUUGUUCUUGACCACCAACAUGGCUGCCAUGACGUCACGUGCAUACAGAAAUCGACAUCUCAUAAUUUCAGUGUGACGUUACGUUCAUAAUUUCAUGUAAUGUAACAGUAUCAUUCAUGCUUUCUUAAUGAGUGGUAUAUCUAAACCUAAAGAGAUUUUAAAAAGUGGUAAAUUUUGUCAUUAAGAAAAUCGGUGUUUUUUUUGUUAUUGUUAGCGUGUAAGGUAUCGGCAGAUGUUGCAUUUAUUGUGGAUUCAUCAGCAAGUAUCGGUCGUAGAAAAUGGCCUCUGGUGUUGGCCUUCUUAAAAAAUGUCAUCAACGAGUUUAAUGUUGGACCCGAUGGCACACAUGUGGCGGUAGUUGCCUACAGUACAAACGCGAAGCUCGAGUUCCCUUUCAAUGUCGUAUCUGGAUACGAAAUUACUGCAGAGGAAUAUGGGAAACGUAUCGACAGGAUCAGAUACCAGAGAGGCUUCACGUACAUCGAUAAGGCUUUGAAACUGGCUAACGAACAAGUGUUUGUCACAAGUGCUGGAAUGAGACCAGGUGUGCCGAAGGUAUACACGCAUACAUUUGCUUCAGUUUUUCAUAUAAAUGAAUUGGGAGAGCUCUCAAGAAGCUAGAGAUGCUCUCGGCGAACUAAGCAAUAAACUAAACAUAAGCAAUUCUUACAAGUUGAAUAUUUGUGAUCGACCUUGUUUCUUGCAAGUUCUAUUUCCUGAUAAAAAAAAAAAAAAAAAAAAACUUUGGGAUGUUAUAUUUUCCUCUACUUCAUUGCUUGUUAUCAGUUCUAUAUCCUGUUAAGGGGAGGCGUUAUUUGUAUAAUCUCAACAGAUUGCUAUUGUAAUUACCGAUGGUGAGCAAACCACGACUGGAGGAUAUACGCCACUGAACGAAGCCUCUCAGGGCAUUAAAGACAAGGGAAUUGCAGUGUAUUCUUUGGGCAUUGGUAAACGUGUAGACUCUGUGCAGCUGCGGCAAAUUGCUAGUUCCGAUAGUAACGUCUUUACGUCUGCUGGAUUCGACGACCUCGUUCAGGUGGUAAAACCGAUUGUGAAAGAGUCUUGUCCAAAGCCAACACCCCCUCCUACCCCUGGUAAGUGGUUUUGACUUCUUGUUCGCUAUAUAACGUCUUUCAAAACUGAGAUGUGCUGUAAUUUAUUUGUAAAUAUAGCAGGUGUUUUUAUUAAUGAGAUAACCUGUUUCAUUGUCUUUUGAUGCUCGCGAAUGGUGUAAGAGGGUGUAAAGACAAACACGAAUGGUCCAACAUUCCAGACCGUGUUAGUAGAAGAACAUACGCAAAGGGUUUCUUCUAAAGGAAGGAUUUUAGCAAAUUUCAGAGAGCAAUGAAAUAGAUUCACACGAUAAAUGGACGACGAAACUUCCCUUGCGAUUCACUUUUCAUACGAUCGAAGAGAAAAUAUUGGUUAAAAAAUCUCGGAGAUCAGCCUUUGUUGAAAAGUGCCAGUGGAAUCGCUGAAUUGCUGAAAACAUUUUUAACUAUAUCUAUCACAUUUUAUACAAAUCUUCUUCCUAUUCAACAGGAGCAAUAUGCCCAAUCCCUAUGGACACCACCUUUAUUAUCGACUCAUCUGUAUGCGACAGCGACAGUGAUUGGAAUCGUUUACUGUACUUUAUCCAAGCUUUAGUUACACAUUUUCACGUAUCACCAUCUGGCGGACGAAUUGCUCUUAUCCCUUUUAGUACCGGUGCCAAGGCAGCUCUCAAGUUCAAUACAUUAACAGGAAGCCUUCUCAAUGGGGAGGAAGUCAACAAGAGGGUUGGCAAGCUAGAGUGUCAGGGAGGGUCUAGACGAGUUGAUAAAGCCCUGGACUUGGCAGACAAUGAGGUUUUGAUCCCUGCUGCUGGAAUGAGGGAUGUCUCAAGGGUAAGUGACUUGUUGACUGAUAUUGUUUUUAAGGGCGCUUUUUGUCAGUCAGAACUGGCCGGCCUGACCUAUCUGUCCGUAAAACAAAUUCCACUGUUUAUCAAACCUGAUAAGUCGGAUUAGUCUAAUACACAGAUUUAGCCAAAAGUCCAAACAAGAAACUCUCGAGUGAUCUUUUACGAAAUAUCUUUCUCAAGUAAUUCAACUUUUGCCAGUAAGCAGAAAACAAACUAAAUUCCACCUAAAAAAUGGACCUUUUCACGCGAUCAAUUAAAACCAAUAACUGGUCAGCGGGUAACUGUAAAAAAAUACGUCACCAAUAUAAGUUGUAUACCUAAGCCCGCGAAACAGUCAUGUGACACUAGUCAGCAGAUACCUUUUUGACAGCUUACGAUCAAUACGAAAUAGUUUUUUUUUACGGAGUGUUAGAUCGAGAGUGUUUCAGUUAUUGGUUUUGUUUCUGCAGCCUGUCCUUGUUAUUCUGGCUGGAAAGCAGACCACAGACCAAGGAGCAUACACGCCUCUUGAUGAAGCUUCCUAUCGCCUCCGAACCAAAGGAGCCCCUGUGUUUGUCUUGGGUAUAGGAAACGACACGAACACCACAGAACUUAACCAAAUUUCUUCUGGGCCUGAUAACGUAUUUAGAGUGGACUCUUUUAAGGACCUGGACGUCAAAGCUCCUCAAGCAAAGACAGGCAUCUGUGUACUAGGUAUUACGUUCUUCUACUUGACAAAUUGACAACAAGUUUCCAUGGUCUCUACUCGUAUCGACCAUAGAAAUGAAAUUAAAUGUUGGUUUGCUUGUUUGCUUUUUUCUUUUUAUAAUAGCGUUAUCAAUUUUCAACGUCCAUUUGUGUUGAAGUUUCUCAGAAAAUUGCGGGCGAAAGGAGAAAAUUGCGCCACCACAACGAAAUUUCCAUGGUCUGCACUCUUAGCAGCCAUAACUCUUGACCAUUCAGCGAGCGAGAAGUCGUUCAGUUCUUAAAAAAUGAGCCAACUGUUUAAUAAUAUCGCCGUAAUUUAGGGUUUGGUAUGUCCGAGAAUUCAGUUGCUUUAAAUAUAAUCGUUUGUUAUUACGAACUUACCCGGGCAAGGGAAUACUCUCUUUAUUGGGCUGAUACUUGGGAAGACGGAAGAAGGUGUUGGGGGAGGGGGUGGAGGCUGGGGCGGGGUUGGGGACUCCUUUUUAAGACUUCGGGUAUGCAAAAGGGUUUCAGGUUUCAAGUAAGUACAAAGUAAGAGUCCUCGUGAGUUGAAAAAUAUAAAAUGGUAGGGAGAUGUUUCGUUCAGGUAUUUGAAAGCGUCGUUUAUUAAAGUAUUUCGAACCGACGCACCUUAUGGCCGAAUCAUUUUAUUUUAUUAAAAGCUGCGUGGCUAGCAAGACUAAAAGUAUGUUGAAGGGGCAUUAUUUUUCAAUUGAAGGUAUACGGACCGAAAGGUUUCUUUUUCUGUCAAAAAUAGUAUAUAAAGGGUAAGGGGAAGGUCGUUUACGCCGGACCUUUCCGUACAAAACGUUUUUGAGUAGCUAGUAGUCACAACCCCUGUGGUUCACGCGUUUGCUCAUGAAACCCCUCUAACUCUACAGUUUAUAAUAACUACUUUUCCCCCUUCCUUGUAAUGCCUCUAAACUGCUGCACUUUGUACUGUGUAUAAGCAAUUGAUGUAUGGUAAUCGUUAAUUGUUGUUUAUUUUAUAUAUUUUAUUUUUGUCUUUUUAACAGUACCUCCUACUACACCAAUGCCAACAG